AUGCCUUUUUUCCAACCGCAGCGGCAGCAGAAACGGAGACGCAAAAUCGGGGCCUACUACACCCCAACGAGCCUGGGCCUCGAGGACCUGUUGCGUGGAUACCCGGCCGAGCACACAGACACCUCCUGCACCCCGGACCCAUCCACAGCUCUGACUCAUAUGCCGGCAAUGGGACGCAGAUCACAAAGGCCACAAGGUACGGCUGGGGGCAGGGAUAUUGGGACUAUGCUCCAAAAGCCUACCCAGCCCAAACCCAAAACAGCGGCAGAAACGCUGGAGGCUACCCAGGCACCUACCACACCCCAACAACGGCAAGAACCGCCGGAGCCCCCACAGACCCCCAAAACAGGAUCACAGGGGCCAGAACUUACUGGGCAGCACCAAAAUCAGCAGCCGCAUACCCGGGCUCCACAAGGCCCUGACUCCCAGGGACACCCAUGGGCAAUACAGCCUGAUAGGGUACACAAUCCACCACAAACCGGACCUGACGAACAAGGGCACUUACAAGCACCACUACAGCCACUGUUGGAGUCCCCGGAUGACUCUGCACCAACCACCAAACGUGACUUAAAGCUUCUUCUAGCAGACAUCCAUAAGCUCCUAGCAGCUGACUCAGCCCUUCUGAGGACCGAACUGCGCACGGUCACGGAAAAGGUGAACACCACGGAGGCAGAAGUAGUGAUGGUACAUGCUCACAUAAACACGAUGGAAGACACCAUCAAACAAAUCCAACAACAACAAACGUACCUGUCACUCAAAAUGUCAACCAUGGAAGAUCGACAACGCCGCUCACACAUAAAAAUCAGGGGCAUCCCUGCAGAGAUAUCAGCCGAAGAGCUGCCGCAUUACACCAGACGCCUACUAGCUACAGUACUCCCACACACGGCAGUGAAGAAAAUGAUCAUAGAUGGGGUAUACCGCUUGCCUACCCCUCCCCACCUAAAGACCCCAACGGCCAGAGACGUCAUCCUCAGAUGUGUCACAGUACAAGAUAAACUACACAUAAUGGCUGGGCUGAAAGGCAAGACACCGCUGCUGUUUGAGAACUCUUCCCUGACGUUCUUCCAGGACCUAUCAAAGGCCACCCUCAUGUGGCGAAAAUCGUAUGGACCGCUCACCACACAACUCCGAGCAGCGGGAAUUGCAUACAAAUGGGGCACUAACGGGACUCUGGAGGUAUCCCAAGAAGGCACUACCCAUGUCCUAACCUCCGUGGAAGAAGCACCUAAUCUCCUAACCGCUUUGAAACUACCCAACCCGAUGCUUCCACCACGAAAAAGCCCGCAACUGGAAGUCCAGGAUCCCAGGAACAACGCCCAGUCGGAACCGAGACCCAGCGGGUCACAACACCCUGUACCAUGACUGAAGUGGACUGACACCGCAGGCUUUGCCACCAGGAAUGGUGCACACAUAUUUUGAUUUCAUUCCGUGACUUUAUUUACGUUUUAUACUAUUCACGUUUUAUACUAUUUACUACUUACGUUUUACAAUAUUUACUAUUUAGCCUCCGCUAACAAUUCCCAAACACUACAGGCCAUUGCCACACCCACCCUCUCUACGCCACUGAGAGCCAACAUAUCACACGUCCAACCACAGAGCGCCUGACAAAUCACCCCCCCGCAGCCCCCUUGGUUAGGGGUAAUCAACCCAAAACACGCUAUCUACGACAAACAGCUCACCUCCACUAACGCAUGUAGACACCUAUACUCAGCACAACACAGCGAGUCUGACCAUGAAACAUGGAACUGACGCAACCUUGCUACUACACGACUCGAAAACCUACUCAAUCUUCACAUAGGGUCCCAUCACCACCAGACAUACUCUAGACAGGAGCUACUGAUUGAAAGCAAAGUCCUAUCCCAACACAAGAACGCACAAAACAUCAUAACACCUAAAUAAUGAAUACUGUUUUGUUUUAACAUGUUACUGUUGUUUAAAAAUUAUUGCUAUUGCUUGACCCAAAACGGUGCAAACUAUGAACGGUACCGAACCUCAACUUUUGAACAAUCUGUACAAUCUAAAUGUUGCACCAAAAGUGAAAAAUAAAGAAUUUAAAAAAAAAAAAAUUCGCCAGAUUGGUUACGUUGCCUUUGAGACCCUAUGGUAGCCCAAGAAUGAAAAUUACCCCUAUGAUGGCAUACCAUUUGCAAUAGUAGACAACCCAAGGUAUUGCAAACAGGGUAUGUCCAGUCUUUUUUAGUAGCCACUUAGUCACAAACACUGGCCAAAAUUGCAUUUUUCACACACAAACAAAUACUAACGCUAACUUUGGCCAGUGUUUGUGACCAAAUGGCUACUAAAAAAGACUGGACAUACCCCAUUUACAAUACCUUGGGUUCUCUACUAUUGCAAAUGGUAUGCCAUUAUGGGUGUAAAUUUCAUUCCUGGGCUACUAUACAGUCUCAAAGGCAACGUAACCAAUCUGGCGAAUUUCAAUUUCAAAUGUAACGUGCUAUAUUUGACCCUGUAACUUCCCAAAACGCCAUAAAACCUGUACAUGGGGGUACUGUUUUACACGUGAGACUUUGCUGAAUACAAAUAUGUGUAUUUUAUUGCAGUAAAAGUAAACAGUAUUAUGACAUUGACAGUUAAAAUGUCAUGUAGAACUAAAAAAAUCAAAAAAAUCUUAUUUUCUCCCAUUUUUUUCAUAUUAAAUUAUGUUUCAUAGCUAAAUAUUUGAUAUUAAAUGAAAGCCCUGUUUCCCCUGAAUAAAAUGAUAUAUAAUAAGGGUGGGUGCAUUUACUAUGAAAGAGGUGAAUUACGGUUGGACGGACAUGUAGCGCAAAUGCCAGGUUUUGUUUACAUUUUGUUUUGUUCACAACGUGUACAUUUGGCUCCGUCCUUAAGGGGUUAAAUGGCACCAAAUUAUAGGAGAGAUUUAUAGCAAUCAAAAAACAUGAAACAUGAGAGAGAGUGCGCGUGUGCUGAUUUAUUUACAUUUUGAAAUGGCUGUUCCUUUAAUGAAGAAGCUGGAAUCUUUACCUGCACAAUGGGUUAAUUAUCAUCUCAAUAUGACUUUUAAAAUGUAUUUGUUUUUAAGAAAAGUUAAAGCCCCCAAUAAGUGCAUGAUCCACAUUGCAGAUAAUCCAUGAUUGCCAUUAAUGAGAAGGGAAUGCUGUGCCUUUAACAUUCCAACAGCAAGCUGCAGGCAUUCCAACCGAGACAUACACACAAGAGACACAAUGCAGCUUCCUGGCGGUGUUUCCAUAACAGCAGCCAUCUGAUCCUCCGGAAACAUGGCCGCACAGUGUCUCUCGCUCUAGUGCUUGUAGCCGCUUACUGGGAGGUGAAGACGAGGCUUGAAACGCACACUGCGGGAGCAGUGUGAACCCCUGGCAUUUCCGGUUACUGUGAGCUUUGUUAUAGUAAAUGGAGAGAGCCUGUGCUGCAGGUCAGUGCUGGUAUUAUUCUAUUAUUAAUUCAUUAAAUAUAAGUAAUAACAGGACUCAGCUCCUGCCAGCAGCCAGCUAAUAUGAAGCCAACACUGCCUGUUCACAUAUAUAUAUAUAUAAUAUAUAAUAUCCUAUAUCUGUGUAUUCUCUAUAUAUACAUAUAUAAUAUCUCUAUGUUACUCAUAUAAAUAUAAUAAAAUAAUAAAAAGGUCAUUCAGGGCAGCAGUGGUUAUAAUACAGUGUAUAAUAUACUUAGAAUAUAAAACAUUCCACUGCUCUGACAUUUAGGAGUUAAAUCACUUUGUUGCAGCCUUAGCCACACUUCCCCUCCCCUAUGUGGGACCUACACAGUCUCUCUACACAUUUCCUGAAAAGAGAGAUCUAAUGUUUAGACUUCCUCUAUUGCACAGUCUGUUUAAUCUAGAAGUUCUUAUCCCCUACUCUGUUAAUAGCCCGCAGGAGUCUACUGUGUAUGAUUAAAGUUCGAUUAACAGAGCAGGGCUUAAGAACAUCUAAAGUAAACACACAGUGUUGUCACAGCGGAUUGAAAAUGAAGCAAUAUUUCCAUGUUGGGAGGUUGGUGUGGAUAGGACUGUGUGAACAGAAACAAAAAUGAUUUAAAGGGUUACUGUAACCCUUGCUAACACAUUGAUUGUUUUUACUUAAGCCUAUUGUCCCAGUAAUACCUGAAAAAGUUAAAACCCGCCUGAUAUCCUGGAACUAAUUUCCACGCCUCUGUCUCACAUGAUUCCUGCCUUGGCAUGGUCAAAUCACAGGCUACCCAUAGAGAAGCCUUCGAUUAGACUUCUUUGCUCAGAGUGCACGCAGCAUACUGAACCAGAGACAGGAGGGAGGUUUAAAAGGAAAUAAAAAAAGUGUCAGUUGUGGAGGGAGCUUACAGAGACAGUGAGGUGAGAGCUUGCUUGCUUUGUAGACACUAGGCCUGCAAUAGUGCACUGUGCACGCUGAUGAAUAUGCACAGACCUGACAUUUGGAAGUCUGACAAAGUAACGUGUGCCAGGGGUGUAUCUAGCCCCUGGCACAAAGUUUACUAUCUCUCAGUAUGUGCAGUGUUUCAAGCAGAAAUGCUGCACAUACACAUACUAUCAUAUCCACUUAAAAUCAAUGACGUGGUCUUGGUAGUUGGAGUUACAAUUUGACUCCUAAAUCACAGUGAAUUUAGCCGUGCAACUGCAGGAACAUGAUCUAUACACCAUAACUGCUUUAUGAAGCUAGACUUGUUUUGCUUCUUAGAGGAUCUUUUAAAUGACAUUUCUUGGUAGGAGGCACGGUGCAAUCGUUCACACACAGUUUGUGUGGUUGUAGAAUAGUGGUAGUAUAAAGAUUGUCUGUUGGGAGAUUUCCAAGGAGGAGAGUUCUGAGGCUAUAAGUCUUUUGGAGUUUAUUCGUAAGAUGAAGUGAAGGGAAAUAGAAGUGGAGCAUCUGAGGAUGUCGUCUGGAUUUACACAAUCCGACUCCUGAAACAAGUUAAUAAUUGUUUGUACAAAUAUCUGAAUUUAGUAAUAUGCAAAAAACUAGCAAAUGUCACAUAUAGAGAAUUUAGGCUUUAAGUUGGUGUGAGUACGAUUUAGUUUUAGUUGAGAAAUAUUCUUUAGCCCCUUCUCAUGCCAGUGACUUAAGCAAGAGGCUAAUUUGCCUGUAUGACAUUGUGGGUGACACAGAAACAGGGUAAAUAGUAAGUGAAGUUUGCUGAAUCCUACACUUAAUUUGGGAGGUCUACACUUACCGAAGAAAGCAUCUACAGUGUUUAUUAUGGUGGUUCUUUAUCAGUUUGGGUAACCAGAGUUAAGAAUAAAUAGUAUGGAGCUUAGACAGUAAAUUAAUCUGGUAUCGUUAUUUUACAGAUUUUGGUAGCUAUACACCACGAUAUUUAAGAUGGGGACGGUAACCAAUUAAUUAAUAAGAAGCCAUGUUGGGGUGAAGAUCCGAUUAAUGUUAAGGAGCUAAUAGUAAUGAGUGAGUGUCAAUGAAAGGUUGUUCCGUACACUGAAUAUGCAGACCACAUGGUGCCUGACUUGAUUUAGGUUUUGAUGUAAAUACUAAUUUUAUCUCGCCAUUAAUUCCUCUCUUAUUGCAAAUCUUUUUCUAUUUAAUUUUGCUCCUUCAACUGCAAAUCAAGCUAUUCUGACUUGCUUGUUUUGCACUAGGAUAUGGGUUUUCCCCAUUUUGAUUUGUAGUGAAUAACUUCUGUAUAUACAUUUGUGCCCUUUGUACUUUCCUUUUUUAAAUAAUCUUGUGAAUAUAUGAGCAAACAGAAUUUUAAUUUAGUAUUAAUUAAUACAUAUCAGUAGUUAAAAAAGGAAGACCAGUGUUAAACAUUUUCCUCUACAUUAGUUUUAUUUUACUGUGAGUAAAUAAUACAUUAUGUCACUUUACCCGCUGAGGCCAGUCCAAGGAUAAUCCUUCCAGGAGGACCAGAGCUUGUUUUGGAGCAUUUGGCAGACUCCAUAAUAAUGAUCCACAAGAGUCCGAUAACUGAGAAGAUUUUGGAUCUCACUGUGGAGAUCAUCUACCUGCUGACUGGAGAGGUGAGUGGUUCUGGGAAUGUAACAAUGACAUCACCAAGUUCUACUGAGAAAAAAUGAUCCUUUAAUGGACUACUGCUGGCAAUGUGGAUGAGAUAAGAGAAAAUGGACUACUGCUAGCAAUGGGGAAGAAGAAUGGGCUUGAUAGGGUGGAAAAUGCAAACUAAAGUUAGUGGGGAGAAAGGAUAAGCUACACGCAACAGGAAAUAGUUAGAAUGGUCUGCUGACUUAGAGCAUGGGCUUGUGAUAUGUGGAGGAGAAUCAUGUAAAAAUACAUCCCUUCAUUCACAAACUGACCCUCCACGCAAAUACACACUCGUAGUAAAAAAUAGUUAUGCUAUUCAAAUACAUCCCUUGAUUCAAGCAUAGAAAUACUCUACACAAAUAUACCCCUGCACACAUAUACAGACACUACAUACAUAUCCACCUCAUUCUGAAACAAGGACAUGCUGUGAAAACACAUAGAAUUAAAAAUGAAAUGCUGAGUGGCGAGCAAUUAUUAGGCCAAUUAAUAGCAAUUAUUAGACCUGGAUAGUAACAUAACACUCAACAUUAUGAGACGCGGAGAUGGAAUUAAAUAUAGUGAUAAUCAGUUGAGUUAUAUGAGCAACACAUGUAAAAGUGGGUAUGUUUGGGUAUAUGUUAAUUCAGGUUGCAAGAUUAGUAUGCUUGUAAGCAAGUCUUAUGAAUUUACUUCUGCCUUCUAAAGCUUAGUUUUACUAAAGCCAAGCUAUUCAGAUUUUUUUUUUUGGGGGGGAGAGUGGGGUCUACAUGACAUGGUCUCCCACAGUGCUUUCCUAAGUAUUUAGGACAUGGCUGUAUUCACAUUUCUUCUCAAAAUCAAGGAAGUUUUAAUGUAAAUAUUACAUUAGAACUAGAUCAAUGGUGUAUAUAAGUGGACACAUUAUUCUGCGAAAUUUACAGAUAUACCAUUUAAUGGGAUUUGGUUGUUAAUGGAUGUUUAUUUCUUAUUUUAAUGUUUCAAUAUGUAGGGUUAUUUUGUUAUGAAGGAGUCUGGAGAACGUAUCACAUGUAGCAGGAGUUCUCAUGUAUCAGAAAGCCUUUCCAGUUCUCAAAGCCCCAUGACAGUGCCUCCACCUCAUUCUCUGAUUAAUGCAAGAAACAAUGACAAGAAGAUCCUGGAACUGAUCAAUAAGAUCAUCCACCUGCUGACUGGAGAGGUAAGGCUGCUGCAAAUGGGACAUUAUAGAGUAAAACCAAGGGAUGUGUCUGGAUGGUGACUGUAUCAUUGUGUGUGUCAGGUUCCUAUAAGGUGUGAGGAUGUCGCUGUCUAUUUCUCCAUGGAGGAGUGGGAGUAUCUUGAAGAACACCAGGAUCUCCACAAGGAUGUGAUGAAGAAUUAUCUGCCACUCAGACCACUGGGUAAGAGGCAGUUUAAUCGCUGCCAUGCCUUUAAUAAAAAAUAACAAAAAACAUCAACACAGUGUAUGGGAGCUCUUUACUAAGUGCACACUAAUAAGAAUUUUAAGAGACACUCUAGACACCCAGACCAUUUCAUCUCAUUGAAGUGGUCUGGUAUUAGUCUCCCUAUGCCCUUAAUCCUGCAAUGUAAAACAUUAUAGUUUCAGAAAAACUGCAAAGGCAGCCACUAAAGGGGCUUCCUUGAACCACAUUUAGUUUAAUUCCAUGCACACUUUGCAUUAGCACAGUGAAGGCAGUGAAGUGUACUUUUAAGCAAGAUAUCAUCUUUCUACUAUUGCAAGUUAGAAGUGUAUGAAAGUCCAGCUAUGUUGUGGGUUCUCAUUCAGAUGUCAUGGGCAUGUAUUGUGCUACUAGAAACCCAUAACAAAUGGCUCGCUUGAAGAUGCAGGGUGACGGCAAAGCACCAAGUGCCAUAAGUCAAUUAGGAAACUGGGGGAUAACUGUUAAUUGCAGUCAUUGGAAUGCAGAUCAGAGGAAGCUCGAAGGCUGAUCUAUCCCAGUGCUGUCUUCAAAGAUUUUAUACAGUUUGCAUUUACGUAGCUCCUACAGUAUCCUUUUGAAUGUUUGUGUUUUGCCACCAGCUGUAAAAUCGAUUCACUGGUAAUUUGGGAUAAUUUAACUUCUGUAUAUUGUAGUGCAACAUUUGCCUCUUUCUAGGACAAUUAAACAAUCACAUUUUAUUUUCUUGUUUAUUUCUUAUAAAUUAAUGAAUUGCCUGUUUAACUUAAGUAUAUAAUAUCCCAAUUUCUUACUAAGGUUAUGUAAAAGAAGAUAAAAGAGACAACAAAACUGAUAAAGGAGCACAAUUCUUGAGAAUAAAUGAGUCAAGAAAGAAGCAGAGAAAGCAGACAAAGGGACAACUGUCCACACAGGAAGGUGGAAAUCUCUCAGACACUGACAUUGAUACACCCACAGAACAUACACAGACAGACUAUCUGUCUACUCAUGUUAAGGAGGAAUCAGGCACUUGUGAAGAAGGAAAUCUCACGGACACAGAAUUUUAUACACCCAUUGAAUGUUCACCUAUAGAAAAUACAUCUGUGUAUAUUAAGGAGGAACCAGUCUCCUGUGGAGAAGGAGAUCUCUCGGACCCUGACAUUGAUACACCAACAGAACACACACUCACAAAAUACCCAUCUACUUAUAUUAAAGAGGAAUCAGAUUCAUGCGAAGAAGAAAAUCUCACAGACACUGACAUUUAUAUACCCACAGAACAUUCACAGACAGGAUACACAUCCAAUUUUAGGAAACACAAGAAAAGGAAUAGCUUUGAGCCAGAGAUAGAUAAGGACCUACCAAUAAUCAGUAGUAUUGAAUGGGGCACAAAUGAUACUAGAACAUGUAUAUCUCAACGUGAAAAACACUCCGAACAUUUGAUGUAUAACUGCACUGAGUGUCAGAGUUGUUUCAAUAGUAACUCGGACCUUUUUAAACAUCAGACAAUUCACACAGGGAAUAAGUUUAGUUGUUCAGAAUGUGGGAAAUUCUUCUCUUCUAAGCACAGCCUCAUUGUACAUUAUAGGAGUCACACAGGAGAUAAACCAUUCCCUUGUCUUGAGUGUGGAAAAUGCUUUACUGCUAAAUCAAUACUUAUUAGACAUGAGAUAUGUCACACAGGAGAGAAACCAUAUCCUUGUUCAGAAUGUGGGAAAUGUUUUUCUGCUAAAGAAAAACUUCUGAAACAUCAUAUGAUUCACACAGGAGAGAGGCCAUUCUCAUGUUCUGAAUGUGGGAAGUGUUUUUAUACCAAACCACAACUUGUUGACCAUCAGAGGACUCACACAGGAGAAAAACCAUUCCCAUGUUAUGACUGUGGAAGAUAUUUUACCCUUAAGUCACAUCUUCUUUCACAUCAGAAAAUCCACCAAGGGGAGAAGCCGUUCCAGUGUUCUUCAUGUGGGAAAUAUUUUAGCCGUAAGUCAAAUCUUGUUGCGCAUCAGAGAACUCACACAGGAGAAAAAAAAUUCUCAUGUUCAGAAUGUGGGAAAGGUUUCACUGCCAAAUCAAGCCUUGUUAAACAUCAGCGGAUUCAUACAGGAGAGAGACCAUUCUCAUGCUCUGUCUGUGGGAAACGUUUUACUAGCAAGUCAAGUCUUACUCUCCAUCUAAGAACUCACACAGGAGAAAAACCAUUUUCAUGUGCUACUUGUGGAAAAUGUUUCUCUCAAAGCUCAAAUCUUUUUUCUCAUCAAAGGAAUCAUCAUGCUUCAAACUAAAGUCUUCAUUUCUUUUUUUAUGUAAAUAUUUUUUUGUUAAAGAAAACGGAAAUAAUAAAGUUGUAAUAAUAAGAGGGGAAUUUUACACAACAGAAAAGAACUCAAGUAAGAAAGAACUGAAGAAAAGUCUUUAUUUAUGCACGUGUUCAUCACUUUAAAAAUCAGGGAUUUCAUGUAACUAAUUUUAAAUCAAACUGAAAUUUCUUAUAUCUGGAUCUUAACACCAAACAAAAUCACAUUUGGACAAUACUGUGCUUAUCUGAAGGCACGUCAGAUUACCAGGUAAUGACAAUACUAAAUAUUACUGAGCUGUAUUCACAAUUCUAUAUUCUGAAUCUGCAGUCCAUGGGCAAACACAGCAUAAUAAAAUUAUAUCUUUUAACUUAGAUGCUCCUUCCUUUCUGGUGUAUUUUUUCUAGUUGGCAAUUUAUUUUGCAAUAAAAAUAUUAAUUGGGAUAUGUUAUUAUUGUUAUCUUUAUUUUACAAAAUGUGGAUACUUAGUACAGCACUGUACAAAGAGAGAGAAGACAGUAUAUUAUAUAGACAAACAGAAACAAAAAGAAAGGCGAGCAGUUUUAUACCAAAUGGUAAGCUAGAUAUAAAACUGAUGGCAUAUGAGCUUGCAAUCUAAAAGAAAUACUGAGGAGUGGGAAAAGGCAGCACAAAGUAAAAAGCAGGAGAUAGCUACAAUACAUGCUUCAGUCAUUGUGGUGAACUAUCUGUACUAUGGUGUUAAGGGCAAGUAAUUAUUAGACUUGGGCAUUCGUUUUUGGACAAACACGUUUUUGUCCGAAUUUCAGCUAUUCCUCCAUUCGUUCGAAAGACAAAUGAAGAAAUAGAAAUUACAAGGAAUGAAGCAUAUUUGCUGGCUAGAAAAAAUAAGCUGUGUUCUCUGCCAAUGGCUGCUCACUGUAAUAAGAAAAGACUAGCGACUGGACAGCUAUGUUGAGGCAUCCCAAUAGAUCCAAUAGUGAGGCAUCUAAUUAAAUAAUUAGCUCGGGGGGAAAUAGUGUUCCCCUCUGCUCUGCGAAUUGGAACUAUUAAACUAAAAGGGAGGGACCUAGUGUUCACCUCCUGCACCCAGGCAUAGUCAUGGAGGGGGCCAUAAGAAAUAAUAAUGGGGACACAGGGUCCCUUUUGAUCCCACCCAUUGGCGGUGUAUGACGAUGCUAAAUAAUAAUGGGGGGAUGACUUAUUGUCCCCCCAGCCCCACCCAUUGGAGGCAGGGGGGUCAUAAUUGAUAAAGUUGGUGGAGGACUUUUUGUCCCCCAUCCUCCACUCAUUGGCUGCAGGGGGGCCCAAAAUUAUAAAGUUUGGGGUGGACCUAUUGCCCUUCCCAGCCCCCACCCAUUGGUAGCUAGUUGGGCUCCUAAAUUAUAGAGUUGGGGGAAGGCCUAUUGUCCCCCUCUCAGCCACUACCCACUAGCAGCAAAUGGCCCUCUAAAUAAUAAAAAGGAUGGUGAAUCUAUUGUCCCCUCCAGCCCCCACUCAUUGGAGGGCAGGCAGGCCAUAAAUGAUUAACUUGGUGGUGGACUUUUUGUCCCCCACUCAUUGGCUGCAGGUAUGGACCUAAAUUAUAAAGUUGGGGGUGGACCUAUUGCCCCACCCAUUGGCAGCUAAAUUAUAAACAAUAGGAAAGCAUUGGAUUGGCUAAGAUUGCCAAGGAGGCAAUCACACAUCACCUCACAGGAAUGAAAAUGUAAAUUGCCAAUAAAAUUAAGCUUAUAUUUAUUGGUAACUUUAAUAAAAUCAGUGUUUAAACAUUUAAAAAAACAUGCUGUACAGCAGAGAUUAAUCCACACAAACGUUUAGUAGGUAGCAGGGAAAGACAACUGACAUGAACUGUUAAAAAUAUUAGAAGAAAAUAAAAUGAUGUGUGCUGAUUUUGUCCUCCUUGUGUACAAUUCGUAUGUUAAUGUUGUUUCCGUCAAGGUCAAGAUAUGCAUUUCCAACAGCAAGGUCACAUGUACAGAUAACAGCUGAUACUGAGUCCACCUAAACAUUUUAAUAAAGAGGGUUUGAAAGUUCCGAAUAAAUCUCCCAGAAUAAUAAUCCUAAAAGUUGGCAAGCCUAUGGGGCCUCCGUGCAACUGGCCAGUGUGUCCAUGCAUUAAGACAGCCCUGGUUAUAAUUCCUGAUGGUCGAGUUAGAAGAGCUUGUAGGUUGCACCUCUCACUGGUGCAGAUCUCUUUCAGCAAUCCCUGUGUUAUGGUGCUUUGAAUGAGUUAAACAGCAUUGCAAGUAACCUGGUGGUAGUGCUUUGAUUCACUGAGAAGUGCCAACCAAUGAGGGAACUGACAGGUACACAGGCUGAAGGUGCAGACUACAUGCACCCUGGAUUUAGUGAGCCAUGACUGGGCAGGCCAUGGAGUUCUUUUUAUUUCUCUAUUGGCUAUGGGCCAUAUUACAGGUUGAGAACAAGGAAUUACAUCAUCCAGAAGCUUUCUAACCCCAAGUAACUGAUCUGAAGAAAUCAUGGCAGCUGAAAAUAAAAAAAACACAGCAUCUCGGAUAUAUUAACAGAAGUUCUAUGGGAUUUCCUUGUGCAAAAGAAGUGACAGUUCCCUUAACCCCUAAAGGACCAAACUUCUGGAAUAAAAGGGAAUCAUGUUGUGUCAUGUGUACUUAGGGGGUUAAAGGAGCACUCCAAAUCCCUAAAGCUGAAACUCUAUGUGGGUCAAUAGAGUAUCGUCUGCCUAACGUUAUAAAAGUGUCAAUUUCAAGAGAAAUCAGCACUUUUAUAAUAUUCCUUGGUUGCAACCACUUUGUUCAAAGCUUCUGUAUGAGAAGAAUGGAAACAGGAAGGAGAGUGACUUUAAACUUAAAUUGACAACUGAACACGUCGGUGUUUGAAUGUAUGUAUAGGUUGCUAACAAUUACCAAAAUUGUUUCUUGAAAACUUUCUUUCUGUAAAAACAAGUGAUUUAUUAUUUAAUAUUUCCCAAGCUUUUCCACCUGACCAGGCUGCAGGUCUCCUUACAGGCAGGUAUCGUCCCCUCUGCCUAUUCCUCUGCAUCUUUGCUUGUAGUGCCUGCUACUGCCUUUACAAAGGCACUUGCGGCUCUCAGGCCUAGCUCUCUUAACUUAGCCCAAGGCUAGAGGGAUCCUUCAGCUGGCAAACAGGUCACUAGUGAUGUCGCGAACCAUUCGCGAACUUUUCGCGAACGGUUCGCCACGGUUCGCCACGAACCGUUCGUGGCGAACUCCGGUCAGCUGACACAUCCCGGCCAAUCUCCAGCAGACCCUCCCUCUCAGAUCCUCCCACCUCCUGGACAGCAUCCAUGUUGAAGCUGCCUUCAACCGUGAACGGUUCGCUACAUCACUACAGGUCACUGGGAUCCCUAAAAAUCCACACAGGACACAAGUUCCAAAAGGAACUAACAUACAAAGCUUUAUUUUUACUCGGGACUAGCCCAUUUGAUUAUUACAUGACGAUUUUUGUGACAACUUAAAAAAUACAAACAGUCAAAUCAUAGCAGACAACAUACAGCAACCUAUUAUAACACAGUGACAUUUUUAAAGGGGUGGGGAAGACAAUAAUUAACAUUUAACCCCUAAAAACCGCAUUACACACACACCCUUCUCCGACAAUGGACACAGGGUGUCUUAAACAUAGGAGUCAUUCAGAUACCUAAUUGAAUUGUCCAUCUUAAGCUCUUGGUGAUGGCGGCUACCGUCACAUACAGUACCAAGCAUACUUAGCAAUACUGUUUAAAAAUGCUAAAGUAUUAAACUAUGCAAAUGCUGCUUCACAAUUGUGUAUUGUGAAGCCGCAUUGCAGUAUGUAGAAUUUGUAAUUAUUGAUUGUGGAGGCUCUAAUGUGAUCCCUCUGUGAUUAAAGAAACACUCUAAGCACCAGAGCCACUGCAGCUUAAAGGGACACUAUAGUCACCAGAAAAACUAGAGCUUAAUGUAGUUGUUCUGGUGAGUAUAAUCAGACCUCGCAGGCUUGUUUCUGUAAACACUGCUUUUUAGAGAAAAGGCUGUGCUUACAUUAGUGCCUAGGAACACCUCAAGUGGCCACUCCUCUGUCACAAGUAAAGGGGCUUCCUGGUUGUACAGCAAUGUUCAGCGUCUCCACACUCUGCAUAGAGAUGCAUUGGUUCUAUGAGGAGAUGCUGAUUUGCCAGGCCGACAUUUGGCCCCACCCCGUCCCGUCCUGCCACCAUGAUGAUCUCAGCCAAUCCAAUGCUUUUCCUAUGGGAAAGUGUUGGAUUUUUUGAGAUCAUCAAUUCUGAUUAUGUCAGUCAAGGAGAUGGAUCGGGGGCAGUACCAGUGUGACAGAGGAAAUAAGGUAAAUUUUAUUACCUUUUCGGGAGGGGGGAGGAAAGUAACCUAAAUGGAGCUUUUAACACUAGAGAGUCAGGGAUACACGCGUGUAUACAUUACAUUGCUUUCUAAGGACACCUUUAAUGGAUGUCUGAGUGACAACCACUUGAGGUGCUUCCUAUUACGUUUGUUCAGCACCUUGGCCACGUCGUUGCAUAAGAAGCAUUGAAUUGGCUGAUUGAUGGAAGUCCAGUGGUGGCAUGGCUCUACUCCCUCUGUGCUUACCUAAGGCCUCCCUCUGCCUGGCCUCCAUGACAUAUCUCCCCCUGCAGUGAGGUGGAGUACCAGCACAAAGGGAACACCACAGUACAGGGAGAACAGGGGUCUCAGCAUGGGAAAUAAACCGAGUGUAUUUUCUUUUUCAGACAAGAGAAUUUUUUUUUGCAUCUUUUACCAAAUAUUAAGUUCAACAUAAUUAAAAGUAGUCUACCUACAUUUCCUUAUGUAUUAAAAAAAAAUGUGAUCAUCUACAGGAAGCAGAAAGGUUUAUUGGGAGACAAAACAUUCACUUAGUUGUAUAGCCACUUAAGAGGGCCACUAAAGGCACUCAGACCACAUCAUUGAGAUGAAGCUCUGGGUGCAGUAGCCUUGUAGCUCUAACCCUGCAAUAUAAAACAUUUCAGUUUUGUAGAAACUGCAAUAUUUCCAUUGCAGGGUUAACACACCACAUUGAGAACGUCAUCAAACGUGGUUCCAAAUCAAAUACUGCUCCUAGAGCAUAAUGUGAUUGUCACAGCGAUUUGUGGUGCAUGCGAACUAGCCUCCAAAUGCUUCCCUAUGGGAAGUGCAGAGAGACAGAUCGGUGCUGAUCUGUCUCUCGCUGUGAAAAAAAACAAGGUAGUUGUAAAAUUCUCCCCACCGCCCCCCACCCCUUUCAAAUAAAAUUUACCCCUUCCCUGCCGUUUAAAAAGUAAAAAAAAUGUUUUAAAAAGGGAAAAAAUGCAUAUUACCUCUAGACUUGGUACAGGCUAGUGAAAAAAUUAUCCCACGCUAAGGUUCAAAAUAUGCCUUUUGAAACACCCUGGGGUGUCUUCUUUAGAAAAUGGUAUGCCUUAAUGAAUUAAUUGGAAAACCCAACCUACUAAAACAUGUCAAAGUGGGGCAUGAACCCAGCGUAAAAAUUCAAACUUAAAUGGAUGUGUCUGAAAUGUGCCCCUUCAACAUUGUCAUAUACCUGGUAAAUGUACAUACAAGGUUACUGAUGUACUCAUAUGACAUAGCUGAGCAACAUAUGAAUUAUAAUACUGCCGUAGCACACAUAAGGUUUGCAAAAUAUAUAUUACAAACUCAUUGUGUGUGUCAAAAAGGCAGAAGAAAAUGCUUAUUACCACUACACUUGGUACAAGCCAGCGGAAAAAAUGAUUUCAUGCUAAGGUUCAAAAUAUGCCUUUUGAAAUACCCUCAGGUGUCUUCUUUAAGAAAUGGUAUGCCUUUGUGGGGUAGUUGGAAUAAUCAACCUACUAAAAAACUCCAAAGUGGGGUAUAGACACAGCGUAAAAAUUCAAAGUUAGAAAAAAAAACAUAAAUGGCUGUGUCUUAAAUGUUGUCAGGGCUUACCUGAGUUGGGAGUCCAGCAGGCAGAGAUAUAUGCUCACCUUGCAAGUAAACACAGGCCGAGGUGGUCAGGUAAGAAUUCACCUGGCCUGUGAGUCGGUGCACGGGGGCUGUGCAGGAUAAUUCUCCUAGUCGCAGUACAGUCGCAGUACAGGAACGGAUAAAGCAGGAGAAUCGUCGUGGGAAGCCAAAAGGAUGCCAGAAAUCAGAAUCAACGAAACAACAUGCCGGGGUCAAGAGAUACACUGGAUAACAGGAGACAGCAAACCGAUAACCAGAGUCAAGGAACUGACACUGCCUUCUGGGAGAGGCAAUGUUUUAUACCUGGCUAACGAGACUAUCCACAACAGGUGUACCAGGAGUAAUUCCAUGUCUUGCUGCAGUGGCGUACACAUGACCCAUGGGGCCCCGGUGCGAAAAUUGAUCCCUGGGCCCCCCCUCGCUUACUCGGCGCGGGUCGGGGCCGCAACACAUGGCGGCGGGCAACUGGUCGCAGGGGUUGCAGGGCUGCGACCCCGCGACAUGCACACACACUUAAAGGACCACUACAGACACCCAGAUCACAUCAGCUCAAUGAAGUGGUCUGGGUGCCAGGUCCCUCUAGUUUUAACCCUGCAGGUGAAAACAUAGCCGUGAAAACGGCUAUGUUUCACUGAGGGUUAAUCCAGCCUCUGGUGGCUGUCUCAUUGACAGCUGCUAGAGGAGCUUCCGCGAUUCUCACUGUGAAAAUCACAGUGAGAAGACACUGAACGUCCAUAGGAAAGCAUUGAGUAAUGCUUUCCUAUGGGCGGUUUAAAUGCGCGCGCGCGCCUCUUGCCACGCAUUUGCAUUCGGAGCUGAGAGGCGGACACUGGGGAGUCCGACGCUGGAGAAAGGUAAAUGCUGAAGAGACACACACACACACUCUCACGAACAGACGCAUACACACUCACUUACAAAACAUACACUUUCACUGACAAACACACACUCACUAACAGACAAACACACUCAGUAACAGACACACACAGUAACACACUCACUAGCAGACACACUCACUGACACACACACUAACACACGCACUAACACAAACACACAUACACUCAUACACUAACACACAUACACUAACACACACACACACACACAUAUACUAACACACACACACACAUACAUACUAAGACACACAUACACUAACACACACACACAUACUAACACACGCACACAUACUAACACACACACACAUACUAACACACACACUAACACACACACACAUACUAACACACACACUAACACACACACACAUACUAACACACACAAACAUACUAACACACACACUAACACACACACACAUACUAACACACACACAUACUAACACACACACAUACUAACACACACACUAACACACACACACAUACUAACACACACACUAACACAUUUUUGUUUUUUUAAUUUAACCCCCCCAGCCUCCUUACCUUUUGGAGUGCUGGGGGGAUUCCCUGGGGUCCAGUGGUGCUGCUGGGCUCCUGGGCGGCAGGUCACUGGUCGGGCAGGCGGGCGCGCGAGGGAGCACUCACUGCUUCCUCUUCAGCUCCCUCGCGCGCCGCGUAGGGAUGCCAGCGCCGGAAGAUGACGUCAUCUUCCGGCUCCGGGAUCAGUGCGGUGCGCAAGGGAGCUGAAGAGGAAGCACUGAGUGCUCCCUCGCGCGCCCGCCUGCCCGACCGGCCACCCGCCUGCCCGGUAUCAGCAGGGCCAGCCUCGGGGGGCCCUGGGGUGGCCGGCUCCUGGGCCCCCCAGGUGAAGAGGCUGGCCCUGUGGCUACAUACCAGGUCGCAGGGGCGGCUGGGCCCCCUGGUGGGCCGGGCCCGGUCGCAGCCGCGACCCCGGUAUGUACGCCACUGUCUUGCUGUCUGUAUGUUGCGGUGAUAACCCUGAGAAAUGUGCCGCUUCAACGUCCACAUAUACCUGCCAAAGGUACAUAUGGGGGUAUUAAGGUACUUAGGCAACAUAGCUGAGCAAUAUAGGCAGUAUUAUAGACCUGUAGAACACAUAAGGUUUGCAAAAUAUAAUUACAAACUCACUGUGUGUAUCAAAAAGGCAGAAAAAUGCUUAUUACCACUACACUUGGUACAAGCUAGCAGAAAAUUUAUUUCAGGAUAUGGUUCAAAAUAUACCUUUUGAAUUACCCAGGGAUGUCUUCUUUAAGAAAUGGUAUACCUUUAUGGGAUAGUUGGAAUAUGUAGCCUGCUAAAAAACUCCAAAGUGGGGUAUGAACACAGCGUACAAAUUCAAAGUUUGAAAAAAAACAAACCUGCAAUGGCGGUGUCUGAGAUGUACCCCUUCAAGUCCACAUAUACCUGGCAAAGGUACAUACAGGGGUAUUGCUGUACUCAGACAACAUAGCUGAGCAACACAUAAAGUAUUAUAAAGCUGUAGCACACAUAAGGUUUGCAAAAUAUACAGUACAAACUCUGUGUGUUUCAUAAAGGCAAAAAAAUGCCUAUUACCACUACACUUGAUACAAGCUAGCGGAAAAAUGAUCCCACGCUAAGGUUCAAAAUAUGCCUUUUGAAAUAGCCUUGGGUGUCUUCUUUAAGAAAUAGUAUGCCUUUUUGGGGUAGUUGGAAUAAGCAGCCUGCUAAAAUAUUUCAAAAUAUAAUAUGGACCCCUUAAAAGCAUGCGUGGGAUAGGCAUAAGGCUAUCCUAACUAUAAGAUAAGGCCAGUAUUUUAAAAAUUGGGCAGACUAGAUGGGCCGAAUGGUUCUUAUCUGCCGUCACAUUCUAUGUUUCAAUGUUUCUAUGUUUCUAAAAACCAUCUAUGAAAAUUCACACUUAAAAAUCUAAAAUUGACAGGUCUCUUUUACAGCACUGAAACUUCACAAAAUAGUGUCUAAGUCAUACAUUGGGCAUAUUGUUUUACUCAGAAGAGGUAACUGAGCAUACUUAGGGGGAAUUUAUGACAGUGGCACUUAUAAAAUGUACGAAAUGCCCAGCAAAAAUGCAACAUGUAUGUAAAAAAAAGUCAUUUAUUUUUCUCCCCACAAACUUUAAAAUAAAUUGACGCAAAAAUGGUGGCAAGUUAAGUAAUAAUAUAUGCCGAAUAAAAUACCCUGGAGUGUCUGCUUUCUCAAAUGGAAGGUCUUUGUGGGGUUAUUUGAACAGUAAAACUGCUAUAAUGCCAAAAAAUCUGACAUAGGACCAUCUAUGAAAAUUCCAACUAAAGAAACUGAAAUAGCAUGGUCUCUUAUAUGGCAUUGUAGCUUCACAGAAUAGUGCCAAAGGCAUACAAUGGGGGUAUUGUUGUACUCUGCAGAUGUAGCUGAACACAAUUUGGGUUUCUGUACAGGAAUAGCACACACCAGCUUUAUGAAAUACAUUUUACUAAAAUCUUGUUAAAUGUGUAUAUGCCAAAAUAGAGAAAAAAAAAAUAUUUUACUCCACUAUUUAGCAGAGAUUGGCAAUGAAAUGGUUACGUUAAAAAAGUGUCAAACUAACCUUAGAUAAAUAGUCUGUAAUGUCUACUUUAUAUAAAUAUAUACUUUUGUGUGGCAAUUUUGUUUUCUGUAAUGGGUAUUAAAUUUCCAAGACAAACAUACCAACUUCUAAAAUUGCUUCACAUUGAAAUUUUUUUUUUAGACCUUGUAGUUUGUGACCUGUAACUUUCAAAAUAAACUGAAAUCCUACACAUAUUAUGUACUCUAUAAAAUCAAGACACAUAAAUGAAUUGAUUUUGAAUUACUUUUUCUAAGCUGGACAUAUUAUGCACUCGUUCUUAUUGCCAAUACUUGGAAAAAAAUGCAUUUUUUCCCCUAUUAUUUUGCAGUGUUUUGUAAUAAAUGAGGAUUUAUAUAUGUAUAUGUCACAUCAAAUUAAAGCCCUUUUUGUCAUCUAAAAAAACUGUAUAUAAUAUGUGUUGGUACAAUAAAUUAGAGCAGUGUUUCCCAAUUGGUGUUCCGCCCAAACAAAUGAAAAUAAAAUGGCCGCGGGCAGCGAGGGAGCAGUGAUCUCUCUGCUCAGCUCCCUCACGCACACAGCAGUGAUGUCGGAGCUGGAAUAUGACGUCACUCCGGCUCUGGCAUCACUAAGAGGUGCACAAAGGAGUUGAGCAGAGAGAACAGAGCACCCUUGCCGCCCGCCUCCACCGCUCACCUGUCUGUCCCUCGCCGCCCGCCUAGCUGCAGCCAUCCCCACUGGACCACAGGGACUUCAUGCCAGCACUCCUAAAGGUAGGGGGGCUGGGUGGAGAAAAAUAUUUUAAAAAAUAAGUUGUAUGUGUUUCUGUUAGGGAGUUUGUAUGUGUUUGUCAGUUAGAGUGACUGUGUGCUUGUCAGUGAGUGUGUGAGUGUAUGUGUUUGUGUGUCAGUGAGAGUGAAUGUGUGCUUGUCAGUGAGUGUGUGAGUGUAUGUGUUUGUGUGUUUGUCAGUAAGAGUGAAUGUGUGCUUGUCAGUGAGUGUGUUUGUUUGUCACUGAGAAUGUAUCUGUUCUUGUCAAUGAGAGUGUAUAUGUGUCUGUUAAAGAGUGUGUGUCUAUCAAAGAGUGUGUGUGUUUGUCAGUGAGAGUGUAUGUCAAAUAGUGUGUGUGUGCCAGUAUGCAUCAGUGUGUUCGUAUGGGCAUGUGUGUGUAUCUGAGUGUGUCAGUGUGUAUCUGUGGGUGCAAGUGUGUGUAUGUCACUGUGUGUAUCUGAGUGUGUGUGUAUUUGUGAGUCAAGACGUGUGUGUCAGUGUGUAUCUGUGUGUAAAGGUGUGCAUCAGUGUGUAUCUGUGUGUCAGAUACAUAUACACACGGACACAGAGAUACAUACACACUGGCACAUACAAACACAGAUACACACACCUUGACACACAGAUACAUACACACACACACUGUGUGUCAGGGUGUGUGUAUCUGUGUGCCACUAUCUGCAUGUCAGAUUCAUACACACUGGCACAUACAAACACAGAUACACACACCUUGAUACACAGACACAUACAAACACAGAUACACACACUCUGAAACAUAGAUACACGCACCUUGACAUACAGAUAGAUAGAUACAUAUAUACACACACACACACAGAUACACAGUGUGUGUUAAGGUGUGUAUCUGUGUCAGUGUGUGUAUUUGUGUGCCACUAUCUGCCAGUGUGUGUAUCUGUGUGUCAGAUUCAUACACACUGGCACAUACAAACACACCUUGACACACAGAUACACACACAUAGAUAGAUACAUAACUAUUUGCACAAACAGCACCCAUUCGUGCAUUCAAAGGACAUGUGAACUGGGAUGAAUAGACUGGCCGCACAGCCCAAAUCGAUGGAACUCUUUUGGGCAGGAAAGCCAUGCUUGCGGUCGGUCAAAGGUGACUUGUACCUAUCUCCCGAACCCCUGAACCAAUUCAGGUGAUUUUUUUAUAUGUUUGUCCCCUAGUUAUGCUUGCUUGAAAAUGUAAGUUUUAUGUGAAUGUGAUGUAUAUUUUUAAAGUUAUGAAUAUUGUGUAAAACUGUAUAUUUCUCUGACUGUGAUAAUUAAGUUAGCCCAAUGUGUUUAGUAAUUAUAUCACAGGCAGUGGUGUAUUCUGGUUUUGUGCUGCUCUAGGCAUGACAAAACUCAGGCACCACCUUCUAAAUACACACAAACAUUCACUGACAGAAAUGCAAACACUAGCUAACAGACAUACACACUCACUAACUGACACACACAUUAACUAACAGACAUGCAUACACUCUCACUAACAGACACACACAAACUAACAGACACACACAUAGUAACACUCCCUAACAGACACACUCCCUGACAUACACACACUCACUAAUAGACACACACACUCACUCACUAACAGACACACACACUCACAGACACACACAUUAACACACUUAUUUUUUUUUUUAAUUCAACCCCCAGCCUUCAUACCUUUAGGAAUUACGCACACUGCACACAUUACACACAUUGUGCACACUGCACACAUUGAACACUCCAUGACCACUAGUCCCGGGCUGCCGUGUCCCUCCCAGCGACCGGGCUGCCGUGUCCCUCCCAGCGACCGGGCUGCCGUGUCCCUCCCAGAGACCGGGCUGCCAUGUCCCUCCCAUUAACCGGGCUGCUGUGUCCCUCCCAAUAACCGGGCUGCCAUGUCCCUUCCAGUAACCGGGCUGCCUUGUCUCCCAGUAACCGAGCUGCCAUGUCUCCCAUUAACCGGGCUGCCUUGUCCCUUCCAGUAACCGGGCUGCCUUGUCCCUUCCAGUAACCGGGCUGCCGCGUCCCUCCCAGUAACCGGGCUGACGUGUCCCUCCCAGUAACCGGGCUGACGUGUCCCUCCCAGUAACCAGGCUGCCUCCCAGGAGCUCUGCUAACAUGGUCAAAUCUCUCAUCUCUGGGCAGGGAGGGAAUGCACCCGGGAGAGGAAAUACACGCCCACUGUGGGAGUGGCGUACGUCAAUAUCUGUCAGUGCGCGAUGCAUCCUGGGAGCAGCUGCUGGCUGUGACAUAUUAUUCCCAUUAUGCAACUCGUCUCCCUCGUUCUGAAAAAUAAAAGCGACAGGAGCGCUCCGCGUGGUCUAGUAACCAUGACAACGCAAGCCUGACAUUAUAAUAAUAAAAAAAAUAAUAAUAAUGACGGUGUCUUGCGUGGUUUGAGGUUCGGUCAUGGCCGCAUUCUGGUUAGAAUUAAUUUCUAAUAUUUAUAACGAUAAAGGCAAUUACUGUGAAGGCGAGGAGGAGGCUUGGAACGCACACAUCGGAAGUGAAUUACCGUUUCCGGGUACAUUGAGCUCUGGGAUAGAGAGAGCUGGUGCAGGUAUUAUUAUUAUUAUUAUUUUAUACCUGAUAUAUUCCUGUCCAUGUAUUGCAGCAGUCAGUAUUCACCUCUCCUGCUAAUUACUGGUAACAUUCAGCCUGUAAAUAACCUCAAACUGAGCUCUGCACCUGUCAGACAAUACACUCAUUAUAUAUAUACACUGAUAGGACUCAUUAUAUAUAUAUAUAUAUAUAUAAUCAAAAUAGGUUAUGGUGGGGAAAAAUUGUGAUUGAAAACCCCUUCCACCUGAAGUCUGUGAAUAGUUAAUACAAAGUUGAACAAAAAUCUGCACACCAGCCAAGCCAAGACUUGCUUUUCCCACAGAAAUCAUUUAGCAAAUUACCCAGCAGGUCAUGACAAUGGUUACCCUGUCAAAGCUAUGGUCUUUAAAGGACCACUCUAGGCACCUAGACCACUUCAGCUUAAUGAAGUGGUCUGGGUGCCAGGUCCCUCUAGGAUUAACCCUUUUUUUUUAGAGAAACUGCUAUGUUUAUAAAUGGGUUAAUCCAGCCUCUAAAGCCUCUAGUGGCUGUCUCAUUGACAGCCGCUAAAGGGCGUUUGCGUACUUCUCACUGUGAAAAUCACAGUGAGAAGACGCCAGCGUCCAUAGGAAAGCAUUAUGAAUGCUUUCCUAUGAGACUGGCUGAAUGCGCAUGCAGCUCCUGCCGCACAUGCGCAUUCAGCCGAAGAGGAAGCGGAGAGGAGGAGGAGAGCUCCCCGCCCGGCGCUGGAAAAAAGGUAAGAUUUAACCCUUGCCUCGCCAUCCAGCCCGGCGGGAGGGGGACCCUGAGGGUGGGGGCACCCUCAGGGCACUAUAGUGCCAGGAAAACGAGUAUGUUUUCCUGGCACUAUAGUGGUCCUUUAAAGUAACCAAAGGUAGUAUUUUGUAGUUUGAUCAAUUAUGUUGUUUCCUUUUAUGCUACACGGUGGAGUGCUGCUGGAAAGACCCCAACCAGGAAAAGCCCCAAGUGCAACACACACCACUAAUGGCUCCCUCGGGAUCAGAGACAUACCGGGCUCGACCCCCCCAAUACCGCCCGCACCAACAGAGGAGUACAAGACCAAAGCUGAUCCUAAAAGAUCCCGGGGCUGGGGGGCCGCCUCAGCCGGACAGCGCAGUGAAGACCACAUGGAGGCGCGGGGGACCGACAAGCAACAAGGGAAACUCACAGAACUCUACUCUAGACCCGCAACCAAGGCCAACAGAAUAGGCAUCGGCUAGACGCAUGCGGCCUGUCUCACCAAACCGCUUCCAGCCAUAGCCCACAUUCACACCGUGAGAACUUUGUAUCUGCUCAGAUGAUACUCUACCUGGGAGCUGAAUUCUGGUACCUCGUAGCACUCUAUGCCUAGUUUGCAGAAUCCCUCACCCGAUAAACACGGUCCCAGACAUCGAUUAUAUUGGGACUGUAUUAUACCUACGAUGGGGAUAGGUUGACUGCCACAACGAGCCUCCUGCUUUAUGUAUCAUCACAGUGUGCCGUUUCCCAUUUUAACAUGCCCGUAAUGUUUAUUAGUUUGCAUCUAGAUCCUUCGAUUUUUGUUUUUGAUAUUUCAUAUUGACAAGUCUCAGAUUGCUGUACCUUAUGGCCCCAAUCUAACUGGGAUGUCCGUCAUAAAUUGUUUUAGGAGCUGUUACACACUUGUAUAUGCAGGAUAAUCGGCAGAUAAAAUUUUUAAUUUGCCUAGCAUGUAAUUUAAACGCAAAACUCUAACACAUACUACUGUCACAGAUGAGUAGAAAAGCUUCUACCCUAUAAUAUGUUUUUGACAAUAUCUCGUAUCUGAAAUGCCUAAUAUUCUCGUUAUUGUUCAUCUGACUUUUAAAAAAAAAUGUGUACAGUAUUUUCACACUGCUGUUGAAUGGUUUCCUACAGCUAUUGUGGUGUAGCAAGCCAGAUUGUUAAUUCAUGCACAAAAUAAAUAAAAAAUGUAAACAGAUUACUGCAGCAAAGCAUGAAAAGUAAUGCCUUUCCAAUGUAGUGGUAUUCAAAGCAAGCCUCAAUAUCAGUUUUCAAACCCAGCCCAACAGUUAUUAUUUUUUUUUUUUAUUCUCUGCAAAAUAAUGUUACAGCUGCUUUGCAGGUGUUUAUUUGCAAAUUUAAAAAAUUGGGAACGCUGUAGGCUAACACAUGAAAAGUGCUGCUCUGUGGUAAUUAAAUAAUAGCAAUUAAUUAGCUAUCACAUUAAUUUAAAAAAAAACACACAAAAAUAAUGUAAAAUAUUUACCCUUUUUGUGAAUAUCUCAGACUGGUAAAAAAAUUUUUAAAUGCAUUUACUUACUACACCUUUUUUGUUCAUGAUUUUGCUGUGAAAUAUAAUAAAAUUUGUCACAUUUAAUACAUAGGUCAGUCCGAGGAUUAUUGUUUUUGGAGCCUCUGUCAGACUGAAAUAAUGAACAAGGACAGGGAUGAAAUUACUAAUAAGAUACUGAAUCUCAUCCUGGAGAUAAUCUACCUGCUGACUGGAGAGGUGAGGGAUCUUGGAACAGAAGAUUGUACCAGUUGCUAAAACAUUGCAAUCAAAAAGCUAGUAUAGAAAAAUAUGAGACAAGGUACAAAUAUUAAUAGGUGGAAUUAAGCAAAAUGUUGGACAUGAACGUAUAAAAAGAGAAAGGCACCGUAGUAGUAGAGAAAUUUGAAUAUUUAUUAAUUCAGAUGAUGAAGGCAUGAAAGUGAAGGAAAUUAUUUUUGCGGUGGUUACGUGGCUUAAGACUGACAUUCUUUUUUUUAAUAUUUCAAUAUGUAGCAUUAUAUGAGUGCAGAGAAGCAUCCCACACAUGCCAUACACGGCAGCAAUCUCCAUGUGUCAGAGGAAUCUUGGAGGACCCAGAGCCCGAGAACGCUGUCUCCACCCCACUCACUGGUACAUGAAAGCAAGAAUGACCAGAGUAUCCUGGAACUGACCAAUCAAAUCAUCCACCUGCUGACUGGAGAGGUGAGGCUGCUGGGAAUGGGACAUGUGUCUGGAUGGUGACUGUAUCAUUGUGUGUGCCAGGUUCCUAUAAGGUGUGAGGACAUCACGGUCUAUUUCUCCAUGGAGGAGUGGGAGUAUCUAGAAGGACAGAAGGAUCUCUACAAGGACGUAAUCAUGGAGACUUGCCAUCACUUCCGAAUAAUGGGUAAGAGAAUACGUUAUUACUGUAAUAUCUGUGUAUACAACAUACAUCAACAUAUUAUGCGUGGGUGUGGAAUUUAUAUUUUUUAUUUUUUUUUAAAUCUACUUGUCCAAAGGACUAAAACAAUAGCCGAAACUACUUGUUCAUCAUGACAAUCUAGUUGACAUAAUAAGUUUAGAUUGGUGCAACUCCCUAGAUCCCUGGACAUAUAGUUAAUUAGUAAACUCCAAAUGUUAGCAAAUUGAAUGUGAAUGGAAAAAUGCGCGCUAAGUCCCACUAUUGAUGUGACGUCAUGGGACGAGAAGACCUAGCGCUGGCACUGGAAAAGAGGUAAGUAAAAACAUUUGUUUCAGCUAUUCUGUGCUGGACAGAAGUGGGGGACCUAUAAAGUUAGGGACAGGGACACUAUAGCGUUAGGAACACAGGUUUAUAUUCCUAACGCUAUAAUGUUCCUUUCAUGAUCUGUGUAGUCAGAUCUAUAUAAUACUUUUAUGUAAUGUCUCAUUAUUUUAAAGCAAAUCUGGUCAUGCUCUAGACAUGAUAGUCUCAAAAAUAUGGCAUAUGCUUUAAUUAUGCUUUUUUCCUUUUUUCUAAAAUUAUUGUUGUGUAAAAGUACAGAUUGUUUUGCGUUUACUUUUAUAUAUAUAUAUAUAUGGUAUAUGGUUCCCAUGCAAGAAUGUUAAAUGCCUUCACCUGCUGCAAGCACAGCAGUUUCUAAAUUAAUCAGACACUGUUAGCGGCUCCUCGUCUAUCUACCGGACACCAUGUAUUAUUAAUGUUGUAGGAUCCUUUGGCAGGAACUCUUCUUCCGUCCUUUAAGCUGCUCUGUCAUUUCUUUUUUUUUCUUUUUCUUUUACAUUAGGUGUGUCUCAAAUCGUCCCCAUAGUCUACCCUGUUGUAGUUUUUUUUUUUUUAGAAGACCCUUUUUAACUAAGUUAUACAUAAGGAAAAGCAGGAACUACUUUUCCUUUUGUAGAACUAGAAGGUUGACAACAUUUACCACAAGGUAGAGCAUUAGUUAAGCUCCACAGCCUUUGUCAUUGGCCUUAAGUGUGUGUAAUCAGCUCCCUCCAGUGCCUGUCAUACCGUGAAACGAUGCAGACUUCAGGUGCCCAGUCUGCCCAUUAUGCCACCAAUAGUGUCAUUCAUGAACUGGGCAUGCGCAUGAUUUAAAGCACACACCCAGCUAUGGGCAGAUAAUAGUAUUUCCAUAUUUAUAAUAGCGGAGCAACCAUAAGACAAUGUGACAUAAAACGCGAUGCUGGAAGGACUAAUCAAAGGCGCGAUCUGAACACAAUGAACUAUUAAAUGGCGUGAUCUGAGGACAAUAAUGGAUAACAGAGGGGUGUAUGUGAUUGGUUGUUGUGUGUUUAUAAAUCCCGUGAGGUUGGUUUCUCAAUAAAGCUGUGUUCCAUCCCACUCCAUCAAGUGUCUGGCUGCUUCUGUGCUUUCAUUUUAAGUCACUGAUCUGUAGAGAACACAGCAAACCAACAGAAAAUAAAUUGGGGUUUCUAAUGUGCCUUCUCAAAAUACCAUAAAACAUGCUGAGGAGCUUAAUGGCUACAAGAUAAUCAAGGUUUUUGUAAAUCUCUGUUUCGGUACCUACCAAAUCGAGAAACGAUGACAAGUCAUUGUUGGUUGCAAUGAAAGCAUAAUCAAAGACAGUCAAUAUUUGGAUAAUCUGAAUGAAAUAUUGUGUAUCCAUAUACAUCCAGAACAUGUCAUGAAUGCCACAUAGAAAAUUAAAAUCAGAAAGGCUCAAGGGACACAAACAAUCAUUGCUUGCUCGCUCUGUCACAGUUUCAUACUCUUUGUUUUGCAGCAGAGAUACUCAUUAGCAGAGGAAUUUACUGACCUGACACAAUAUAUUUGGACUAGGUGCCAAUUCUGUCUUCUACAUGCAAAAAGACAAUUAUUUUUUUCUCCUCUGUUUUGUUAUUACCGUUCUCGUUUCUACAUCUCACACCACCAAUAUUUAUAAGACUAUCCAAAGUUUUAUGUGGAAAAGGUUGUGUAUGUGGAUAAGGCUUUGGAACAUGUUGUUAAGUAGAAGAUGAAGUUUAGUCAACCUUCCACUGUAUGGAGUGCAAUUUAUUUCACUACAGCCCUACCAUCAUCCCUAUUUCAGCUACUUGGCAUUUAAAAAUUUUGAAAAUCUUGGCUUUUUGUUAAAACUGACUGAAGUGUUUCUCUCUACACGGGAUACUUGGUUGCAGUUUAAGUAGGAGACGUCUGAUUUCUUUUGAGCUGUGACUGGCAUUCUUGUAGCCUGACUAAUGUCAAUUCUGUGCAUAUUCCUAUGCACAGAAUUACAAUCUUUGGCUGAGAGCGGUUAGCUGAUGCUCUCAGCCAGUGAAUGGAUGGCAGGAUCGGAAUCCAGCUCUGUAGAAGCUGAAUGCAUGUCAUAGUCAGCUAUUGAGUUGCCUCAGUGCCUAGGAUCACCAGGUAAGAGUGCAAACUGCUGCAACACAGUUUCCGCCAUUAUCUGGAAACUAGGGGCAGGUUGCUCCUACCAUCAUAACCACUACAGCUGACUUCAAGGAAAAAUAUUCCAGUUAUUAUUUGUGUUUUUUUUUUUAACCAAUGUAGUGAAUUUAAUUACAUUGUGGAUUAUAUUACAUGGCCCUUGUUGAAUCUCCAUCAACACAGUUGAUACAGUUUCGCAACAAGGACAGUCUUCAAAAGAAGAGAUGCUCAGCUUUCAACAAAUGUAGUACAGAGGUGAUUGAUGUUGUACAAAAUAUAGUAAUGGAUUUAAAUAUGACACCUUUCUAAUUUUUGUGUUUUUUUUUCCUUGUUGAAGAGUUACAACAUUUGGUCUAAAAGUUAAGCAUAUAUACAUAUAUAUCUCAAUAAUGAGAUACAGAAGAGUUAAUGUUUUAACAUAUUUAAUGUGAUUACACUCAGUAUAGACUUAAAGAUAUAAUGUAAAUAAAUUUCUUUAAAAAGAUAAUCUGUAAAUUACAAAUAUAAUAAAAUUAAGUAGUAAACAUCAUUUCAUGCCCGAUUUGGUAUUUGUUUUACGUUUAUGUUUUCUCAUUAUUUUGUCCAUUCUCAAGUCUUGUUUUUGAUUAUAUUUUAGGAUCUUUUCGUGUAUGAUAGAAGUAGUUGUUGCACUUACAUGUGCAUGAGCUUUUUAUUAAUUCUAUGUUUCAGAUGAAAACAAUAAACCGUUUACAUCUAUUAUUUUAAUCUUACAGAUGAAUCAGAGGUCAGAAAUACAGCUAAAGUCAGAGGUCAGAAAUACAGCUAAAGUAUGUGACAUUCCAGAUAUGCCAAAAGCUUUUAUAUUUGAAGAUGAAAAGCGCUAUGAAAUGAACACGGCAGAGGCAUGCAUGCAAAUAAAUAAAUCAAGAAAGAAGAGUAACAUUGGGGAAUCAGCCUUAUGUGAUGAAAGGAAUCUCCCGGACAUGGCCAUUUACACAUCUACUCAACAUACAUUUACUUCUAUAAAGGGAAUAUCAGCCUCAAUGGAAGGAAAUCCCACGGACACCACUAUUAAUGCAUGUCCACAGCAUUCAGAGACAGACUUUAAAACUAUUCAUUGUAGGAAGUAUUAUAACGGGAUCAGUAUUAAACCAGGACAAAAUAAUGUAUCAAUGAUCAGUAAUCAUGGCUGUGUUCAACAUGUGACACACAUCAGAGAUAGGACAUAUAAGUGUUCUAAGUGUCGGAAACACUUUGCUAGUUACUCAGAACUAGUUACACAUCAGUCAGUUCACAAAGGAAAGAAGUUCACGUGUUUGAAAUGUGGGAAAACGUUCUCUACCAAAUACAACCUUGUUGUACACUAUAGGAUUCACACAGGAGAGAAGUUAUUUUCGUGCUCUGAGUGUAAAAGAACAUUUUCUGUAAAAUCAAGUCUUCUCUCACACCAGAGAACACACAAGUCAGAGAAGAUGUUUACAUGCUCUGAAUGUGGAAAAAGUUUCAGAUUUAAAUCAAACCUCACUGAACAUCAGUGAUACACACAGGAGAGAAACCAUUCUCAUGCUCGGAAUGUGGCAUAUGUUUUUCUGCAAAAUCAAGUUUUGUUAAUCAUCAGCAGAGUCAAACAGGAGAGAAACCAUUCCCAUGCUUAGAAUGUGGACAGUGUUUUAACCGUAGGGCACAUCUACAUGCACAUAAGUUGAUUCACACAGGAGAGAAACCAUUCUCAUGUUCAGUAUGUGGGAAAUGUUUUAGGCGUAAGUGGCAAAUGGUUCAACAUCAGAUAAUUCACACACAAGAAACAGUUCACCUGCUCUGAAUGUGGAAAAUCUUUCACUGUUAGUUCAAAUCUUAAGACACACCAGAAAAUUCACACAGGGGAGAAACCAUUUGUGUGUCCUGAAUGUGGUAGGUGUUUUAGAGAAAGGUCUCAUCUCAUCGCACAUGAGACUAUUCACACAAAAGAUAAACCAUUUUCAUGUUCUCAAUACGGAAAAGAUUUUGCCACUAAAUCGAAUCUUGUUAAACACCAGCGAAUUCACACAGGAGAGAAACCAUUCUCGUGUUCUAUAUGUACUAAACAUUUUGCUAAUAGCUCAAAUCGUACGGCGCAUGAGAAGACUCAUAUUGUAUGAAAAAUGAAAAAUCUUUUUCACAAGUGGUCAUGUUUUAAUACAAAAACAUUUUUUUUUUCCUGUGGAAGAUAUCUAAAUAAACAAUUCUAUACUGUAUUUUUAUUUUGUAAUGUAAUUGAAAUUUAUGUGGAUGAUUAUUUGGAGAAAAAAAACAACACAUCGUUAAUAUAUGCUACCAAAGGAUUCUGCACAGCUUGCAAAAUUCGGUUACGGGUGUAAUAAAACUAAAAAUGUAAGUCAAGCUGCAGGUAAAUAAAUUUGGAAGACAUGCAACAUGAGCGAAAACAGGAGAACCAUAUUGACUUCAUUGUAGAUGUGCUGGAGAGAGGUUUAAUAAGCAGGUAUCCAUAACUCAUUUAAUUAUGGCAAUAUUGAACUGUGCAAUAUUACAUAUUUUCUCAUUAUGUUGCGUAAAUGUCAUCUGGCUACAAAUGUUGUUUAAGUUUAGGCACUGUUUUACUUUUUUUAGUUUAUAGGUAUAACUUUGUUGUCAUAUCAGAAUGUGAAAUGUAGGCCCCCACAUUUGCUAAAUGAAAGAGGAAUUCAAAGAGAGAGGAAAAAAAAAACUCCAGUUUCACCUAAUGGUAAGUGUAAAAAUCUAACAUAUAAAGCAGUAAGUUCGGUUGAGAGAUUCCAUAUAUUGGGAUAAUUAUCGAGUUCUUUUUAAAUAGUCCUAAUUUUGAUCCCUCUCCUACCUGAUUUCUGUAACUAUAAGACAUUUAGUUGACACCUAAGUAAAUGAAUCUCUUAUCUGCUGGUGAAAUUAACAAAAUUAACCAUUAUGUUUUAUAAGUAGAACAAAAGUCAUGAGCACUCAAAUAAUAGACGUAUUGUGGACAUGACUCUGGAUUCUCAGUCCAGAAUUAGCAGAUAUGCUAUGAACUGGUACAACACUCCACUCAUCAAACGAGUGUGUGUUUAUCUGCCGUCACAUUCUAUGUUUCUAUAGUGGUAGAGGUUAACACAGUAAAGGAGUUUAAGCAUGCGUGGGAUAGGCAUAAGGCUAUCCUAACUAUAAGAUAAGGCUAGGGACUAAUGAAAGUAUUUAGAAAAUUGGGCAGACUAGCAGGGCCGGACUGGCCCACCGGGAUACCGGGAAAUCGGCUACCGGCCGGGCACUCAAAUGGCAGACACGCCCUACCUGUGGUCAAAGAGAGCUCGAUAGUGGUUUAGGCGGCAGGGGAGCGCUGAUUAGCCUGUUCUUUCUGUGCUCCCCAGCAUCCGGGCCGGGAUAUGACGUCAUAUUCCGGCUCCGGUCUCAGUAAGCAGUGCGCUGGGGAGGGGGAGCAGAGGCAGAACAGCCAGCUCUUCCUGCGGCCGCCAAAACAGCCAGCAAACCCUGCGGCCGCCAAGGGAGCUCCCCACAGCCCCAGGUAGACAUUGUGUGUGUCUGUAUCAUGGUGUGUGUCUGUGUCAUGGUGUGUGUGUCAUGGUGUGUCUGUCUGUGUCAUUCUGUGUGUCUCUGUCUGUCAUGGUGUGUGCGUCUGUGUCAUGGUGUGUGUCUGUGUGUCUCUGUCUGUCAUGGUGUGAGCAUCUGUGUCAUGGUGUGUGUGUGUCUGUCUGUGUCAUGCAAUGUGUGUCUCUGACUGUCAUGGUGUGUGCGUCUGUCUGUGUCACGGUCUGUCUGUGUCAUGGUGUGUGUGUGUUUGUCAUGGUGUGUGUGUUUGUCAUGGUGUGUGUCUGUCUCUGUCAUGUAAUGUGUGUGUGUCUGUGUCACGAUCUUUCUGUGUCUGUCUGUGUCGUGUAUGUGUCUGUGUCAAGGUCUGUGUUAUGGUGUGUGUGUCAAGGUGUGUGUGUCUUUUUUAAGGUGUGUCUGUCAUGGUAUGUGUGUGUCUCUGUCAUGGUAUGUGUGUGUCUGUCUGUCAUGGUGUGUCUGUGUUUCUGUCUGUGUCACGGUGUGUGUCUGUCAUGGUAUGUGUGUGUGUAUGUGUGUUUUUACUCACUUUUUUUUUUUUUCACGUCGUGCUGGUCUCCCCUCAACUGGCCCUGCCUCUACGGCUGAGAUCAUCAAGCUUGAUGAUCUCAGCCAAUCCGCACUGACACAGGAAGCACCUCUAGUGACCGUCUGAGUGUCUGUCACUAGGAAGAAAUGUAAACACUGCCUUUUCUCUAAAAGUCAGUGUUUACAUUGAAAAGCCUGCAGGGACAGGCUAUAGACACCAGAACCACUACAUUAAGCUGUGUGUGCGCGCCUGCUAGUGAGUGGGCUUGCUUGUGUGUGUGUGUGUGCCUGCUACCGAGUGAGCGUGUGUUUUUAUUUUAAUGACCUUAUGUAUAUCAGUGAGAUUGUUUGUCUAUGAGGCUGUGUAUCAAUCAGCUUGUGUCAGUGAGAUUGUCUGUGUCUGCAUGUGAGUAUGCUUACUAUAUAAUUAAAGAUUUUACUCUGAAAGGACCAAUAUUUUAUAUUGGAAAAAGAUAUAUAGAUAUAUAUAUAUAUAUAUAUAUAUAAUAUAUAUCUCAAUCAUCUAGGGUGGCAAGACAUAGCCUUACAUAUUACAUGCGACAAUACAUGGCGCAAUGACUUAUGGGGCUGGCAUAGAUUUUUUUUUUCCAGGGCUGCUUUGGAAUCCCCAGUCCGGCCCUGCAGACUAGAUGGGCCGAAUGGUUCUUAUCUGCCGUCACAUUCUAUGUUUCUAUGUUUCUAUGUUCCUUUAUUGUGGCAUCAUGUAAGGUGACAACAUUUCGAUAGAAGCAGAUCUUUGUUAAGUAAUUUAAAACAUAGCAUUGAAUUUAGUGAUACAGUGUGAGUAGUCAAACAGCCGAUACAAAAAGGUAGAGUCAAUUAAAUUAGCUUAUAUUUAUAGAUAUCAUGAUAUUGUCAAAUGAUAUCUAUAAAUAUAAGCUAAUUUAAUUGACUCUACCUUUUUGUAUCGGCUGUUUGACUACUCACACUGUAUCACUAAAUUCAAUGCUACAAUUUCUGGGGAAAUUGUGUGAAGUGUUCUUGCCUCCACCAGUAGUCUACAACUGGAGUGGCUUGAGUAACUGUUGUGUGGUUGGAGUGGCUGGAGUAACUAUGGAAAGGCUGGACUGGGCAGAGUAACUGUGUGGAGUGUUUGGAGUGAGUAAAGAUAGUAAACAUUACACUAACCAAUUGAUUGAUCAAAUUUAAAAAGUGCACAUGGCAAGCUUAAUAGAGUGAGAAAUGCAUUUCAACCUUCAUUUAUUUAUAUAGCACAGCGUUUUUCCAAACCAGUCCUCAAGACCCACCAACAGUCCAGGUUUUGUUAGUAUCUCCAUUGGAAUUAAACAGGGAAAUACAUAAAUCCUGGACUGUUGGUGGGCCAUGAGGACUGGUUUGGGAACCACUGAUAAAGCACAUUUAAUUGCAACGUUGUUGCCCAAAGUGCUUCACAGUUACAUUAAAACAUACAUUUAUAAAAACAUUAGCAGGUGUACAAAAGGCCCUGUCUAUGACAUCACUUGCUGCUCCAGCCUGGCACAGGUCAGAGUAUUUUGGCAGUUGCCAUUUUCAAACGGUCGUAUUUUACUAUAAAUCCUACAGCAAGGAGCUUUAUAUUGUGAGAAUCACAAGACUCAGACCUACAUUUGAUGCAUAGUAUGUCUCUGAAAUAUUAAAAAUGAAGGCACAGUCGCAGUUUAGAAAUUGCCCUUCAAAUUUGAGCUGGCUAGAGUGGAGUUUUUCAAUGAAUGUCAAUGGACGGCGUGAGUUGCAAACAAAUGGUCAUAUUGUGAAAACUAUCAGGACUAUGGCUUAGCCGAGGACAUGUUUAGUGGCAGCAGGGAUAGCUGAACGUUUUGUUAUAAGAUUUGUGUAGGUGGGCUUGAAAAUGAGGGAGUGGUGGCAGUUUAGAAAUCAUGUCCUAAUUUUUCAGCUUUUGCCAGCUCCCACUCUAGUUUUGAACAUUUUGCCAUUCAUUCCUAUGGGACCAAUUUCGCCACAAGAACGACGAUAUUCCGUGAACCAUUCGGCGAAACGUUCCACAAAGUAAUAGCAAUCCGAUCGGGAACAAUCCGCACGUUUCGGUAUAUUACUGUCUAUGUAGUGUAAAAACUGUGGGAGGAGUUAGGGUGGUAAAUUUGGCUAUAAUAAGAAUAAUAUAUAUGUGAGAUAACAUUAAGUGGUCUUGCUAUGCAAGAACACUUAAUAAUAUAUAUGUGAGAUAACAUUAAGUGGUCUUGCUAUGCAAGAGCACUUAAUAAUAAUAAUAAUAAUAAUUUAUAUGUGAGAUAACAUUAAGUGGUCUUGCUAUCCAGGAACACUUAAUGAUAAUCAUGUACUAAAUGAAGUUGUUAAAAUGCCAGGAGGUCCCUGGAGGCACUCUUACCUCAAGGGGUUAAACCAUUUUUUAUUAUGGUUUAACACCAAAGUUGCCUCAAGCGGCAAUGUCCACUCCCCCUAGGUGGCAUUCAGCAUCAAAAUUUUCAGAUUCAGGAAGCGCAGAGAUGUUCUCAGCCAAUCAGUGGCUCUUCAUUCACUAAACUAGCUUGAGUAAAGUACAUUUGUUCGCAAGCCAGUUUAUUGAAUGGGCAAGAGGUAAGAGUCCCUCCAGGGGCCUCCUGGCACCAUAACAACCUUUUUUAGACAAAGUUGUUUUGGUGUCUGGGGUGUUUCUUUAAUUGACUGUCUUUUUGUAUUAGCUGUCUGAUUAUUUACAUUGUAAACCCAUUGUAACGGAUCACCUGGCACCCCGACUGGGUACCUCAGUUGAAGGAUGCUCCUAGCGCUUCCUGAGAACUCCAGCAGACACCAUAACCACCGUAGACUCCUUCAGGUAGCAAAACAGGAACAAGCUCUUAGUGAUUAUAGCAAGAGAGUAUGACGAGAAUAGCAAUCCCUUGUAGCAGAUUCCCCCAAUAAGAGACAGGACUCUAAAUUGAGGGUGAUGUAGAACUGAAGGUUUAAUGGCAGGCAUUCUCUUUUUAUGCAGUUCUCCCAUGCAAGGGAGACACCAACAGACAAUUAUACAUUAGCCAAUCAAACAAUGGUUACAACCCACAUAUUCCCUCCCCUCUGCUUGGGAGAUAAUUGAGUUACUUACUGUAUCUACUCAAUUAUCUCCAAGUUGCAAAAUCAUACUUUUCAUACAUUUUUAUAACGCCAUGUUUUUACAUACAAUAUGAAUAAAACUCAUGUUUUUAUAAACAGCAUAACAUGGGGACAAACAUAUUCAAAAUUCACUUGAAUCGGUUAAGUGGUUCAGGAGAUAGGUGGAAGUCCUCUUUUUGACCGACCGCACGCACAUUUUUAUGCCUAAAACAUUUCCAGAGAUUUGGGCUGUGCGGUCGGUCUAUUUUAUGCAGAAAAAUAACUAAGUCCCAUUCGAAUGCACAAACGGGGCACUGUUUGUGCAAAUAGCUUAGUAUAACUGUGCGUUCGAAUCGUCGAUCGCACUUCGAUUUUAGCCGAAGUGUCGAAGUGGAGGAGAAGGUAAGGGUCAGCGGUGUUCGUGCAAAUGUGUAGCCGAUUUUAGUUCCAUGGAUUCGUUGGCGCACACGUUCGACUAAAUAAAGAUGGCUGCCGCCACGUGUUCGACUGUACGAACGGCGGCCACCCAGCGGUCGGCAAUUAACCUGCAGUUAACCGCCAGCCUGGGAGGUAAAUUGCCUGCACACUUCCAUUUGCGUGUGGUCCGCCUGUGCAGUAAUUGGUUCGGUAAGCCCCGUUUACCGAAAAAGCCACGAACAAAGUAUUUUAAACAGUCUGGGGACACAGUCUUAAAGGGGCAUUGUUCCCAAAAGUCAUAAUAUGUCCAUACACUGUGCUUAAAGGGCCAGCACUAAUCCGAUACAAGUCCAUAAGCCCAACUAAGUUUCUUAAAGGGCAUCCCAGGGGUCAUAGUCACAGGGCAGGAGGCGGGCAAGCAGCCCCCUCCAAAAACUCAUGGCAAACUCCCUUAAAGGGGUGAGUUUGCUACACCCAUUAUGUAUAAACACAGGAAUCAGCGCUAAAAUGAACCAAUACUAAAAUAGGGAUAGUGUUAGGCAGCAAACCUAAAGAUAGGGUUCCCUCCAAACCCUAUAACCAAGGAUAGUACAAAAUACAAAAUAAAUGAAGGUUGCGCCAAAGCUCACCGUAGUUUUUAUGUGUCCAUUGCCUUCCAACCUCCUCUAGCCAUAUACAGAUUAAAACAAAAGCUAAUAUAGUGCUGCUACCUCGGUUUCAAAUAAUGAAAUAGGCUUGAUAUAAAAUUAAUUUCACACAAACUCACUAUUAUACAGAUGGAAUAAUCUACUGGUGCAUCUCUCCAUUUUCUUAGUGAUCCAUCAUUAAACUGCCAAGAAGCAAUUGUGGUCGGAGUGUCAGAAAUCAAACAACCAGGAAGGUGAUCCAUAAAAAGUGCUGGUUUAUUCAGUGUAAAUAAAGGUUGUUAUAAAACAUGCAGGCAAAAUCACACCCUUAUAGGCUCAAUCCACAAGUGAGGGGGCAAUACAAAGCCAAAAAAGUAUUGCUGGACACUUUUUGAAUUAAAAUUAUUGCUUAUACAGCAACUCUUUUAUGGCUUUAUUUUGUUUUAAAGGUUUAUUUUCUUGAUUUCUUCCUCAUCACUUAUUAAUUAUUUUAGCAAUGGUGUAGGCUUGCACGUGGAAUAUGGGAUGCAAAUAGUGGAAGGAGAGGUUGUCACUGAGACUACAGUAGGUGAAAGAAUAGUUGCUUUGCUGGUAUCAUUUGGUGGCAUCAGUGGAUGUGGUUUUGUGGUCUGCCAAGUACACAGCUGCCCAUCAUAACAGUCAUUGGAGAAGGAGUACAGAGCAACCCAUGAUCCUCUGGGGCCUAUACUCCCUAUACGGAGUUAUCCAGGAAUGUAAGGUAAGAAUGGGUGCAUUGGAGCUUUGCCCUGUUCAUCUUGGGUUUCCUCUAAAGGCAUGCAAAGCAUCAUGGGUGUUGUAGUUCUACAACAUCUGGGAAUCUACCUUUUGGGCACCCCUGUUUUAGACAACUCACAAUGUUGUAGCAGUACAUCAUCUGAUCACAUGAUAUUACAACCCUCCAUUUUAUGAAAAAGUUGCUUAUUGAAAGGGACAUUCUAGAACCUAAAAGUUUUAAGUUUGCCGAAAAGCUUUAUGAGUGAACAGUGCGUCCUCUUCAUUUCAGAUUGCAAAAAUUGCAGACUUUAAUAGAAAUUUACACUUUUAUAAAUUAACCUCAUUACACUUUCAAGCAGACAACAGGUUCUGUUACUUCCUGUAACUAUGCACACACACUACUAUACACACUCAAACAACAUACACAAAAUGACACACAUUGUUAUCACAGUAUACACAUGACAAUACUACACACAAACACAAAGUGUGCACACUGUUACAAACCUUACUCAGAAAUAGUGUACACACACAUUACGACAGUAAUUAUAUUUUACAUUGAUUUUUUGGGGAAAGUUUUGCCCUUUCAAAUGUUUUUUUUUUUUUUUCUAGUAUGUCUCUCCCUGUGAUGAUACAUAUCAUCUGGUGAUACUUUAGUCACCAGAACAACUACAUCUUAUUGUAUUUGUACUGGUGAGGAUAGUCAGGCUUUCUGUAGAAAACGCUGUUCUUUCAGAGAAAAUGUGAUGUUUAGAUUACAGCUUAGGGAUACCUCCACUGACCACUCCUCAGAUAGCUACUAGAGGUGCUUCCUGGGGUAGUGUUGCACAGUGUGACUGACAUUCAGUGUCUCCACCCUCUGCAUGAGAAGAUGCUGAUUGGCAAGGGUGCUGUUUGGCUUGUGCUGGCUCUGCAUCUGAUCUUCCUCAUUGAGAACCUCAGCCAAUCCAAUACUUUCCUAUGGGAAUCAUUGUAAUUGGCUCAGAUUAACACUUCUGAUUAUUUCAGCCAAGGAGGCGGAUCAGGGACAGAGCCAGCACCAGCAGAAUGGAAUAAAAGUAAGUUUUCACGAUAUUUAGAAGGGUUAGGGGGACCAGGGGGACUAGAUGGUGUUUUUAACACUAUAGGGUCCGGAAUACAUGUUUGACCCUAUAGUGUACCUUUAAUUAUGCUAACUAGCCUGUUCUGUAUAUUGCAAAGUGGCAAUUGUACCAGGUGUGUACUGCAACAUUCCCCCAAAAUGGCCCAGGAAUCUAAAGCACAUGUUCAAUACUGCAAAAGGUCAUUCAGUGAAACCUCAGGUUGUGAUUUCGUAAAAAAUCUGAACUUCUUUCACCAGACUAGUAUAUUGUAAUAUACAGUUAAGUGCUAAUCCCCUAGAAUUGUUAUCUAUGUUAUUUACUAUGUCAAACAUAUAUUCUUACAUUAUUAAAAAAAUUAGCUUGAUGACAUUUUACAGCAAAGCUCGAUACUAAUACAUGAUUUAUAUUAAAGGAAGCACAUCAUAUAUUUAAUGCUUUCAUAGCUAAAUCCCCAAGUUACCUAAUCUGAUUUAAUUCUCAUUGCAUUAAUCAGUUUUUGCCAAAUCCCUCCUCUUUUUGAUUCAGGGACCCAUUCCAGAACCUGAAAUUUAAGAAAGGUUGUGUUUCUCAUUGUCUAAGUGUGCAGGUACUGGUAACUCUGUGAAUCAAAUCCUCAAUCCCUCACCCCCCCCCCCUUUUUUUUCUUCCCUUUUUUCAAUUUUUUAACCUUCCUUAUAGCAAUGCCCAGCAGGAAGGCUGAGCUAAGUAGCCCACUUAUUAUUAUUAUUAUUAUUAGCCAACAACAAUUCUCUCCUUUUCCUUUUUAUAUUUUUUAUUUUCCUUCUUUCUCCUUUUUUUCAAAUACUCUGCUCCUUCUUUCUCCUAUUCUACAAGUAUUUUUUUGAUCUUUUCCUUUUUAUCUCCUUUUUUUUUAUGCUUUUCUUUUACCUUUCUUAUGGCAAUGUACAAAAGUAAGGCUGAGCUAGUUAGCCCACUUAUCAUUAUUAGCCAACAACAAUUCUCUCCUUGUCCUGCCUAUAACUUUUCUUUCUCCUAUUUUACAACUGCUCCGCUUCUGCCUGUCCCUGCUACCGUGCAUCAGCUCCCACUCCUCCCCUUCCUCUUCCCACGUGUUACACUAGCUCGUGUUGGCAUGUUCGCACACGCAUACACGCGUUCUCUUGUUCGCGUGCACGCAUUCUCAUGUUUGCAUGAGUUUGCGCGUGUUCAUACUUUCAUGUGUGUUUGUGCACUCGCGCCCGCCCGCCCACUCUCUCAAAAGGAGGAUUUAGCAUUAGCUUGUUGUGCCGUCGAAAUCCCUACCGGCCACCUGGAAUCCUGAAACGUCCACUAGUGGGCGGUAGGGACCAGGCUGACGACCCAUGGGUUAAAGUAACACUAUAGUGUUAGGAAUACAAACAUCCUCUGUAUUUAGUCCCAAGACCAGAACACCUGGGGUGUACGAACAGCUAUAAACUGGAAGAAAACUGAUAUUAGCAAUAUUUACAGCGAGUAGGCAGGAAGCAUGACACUCACUUUAUGCCAAACCCUCUGUAAAUUGAUUAAUAUGUAGCCGGGGUACAUACAGUUUAUCAUGGUACUCACCUGCCUGGUUACAUUCUAAAUGCAUGUAUACAAACUAAUCUGGCAGCAUGCCAUGUGCACAAUGCAUGCAGGGCUACCAGCUUACCAUGUUUGUACAGUUUUUACCAUAUAUAUAUAUAUAUACUUCUCCUGGAGAUAUGUGAAAUGUUUACAGACCAAGAAUAAAACCAGUGUAGCUCUUAAGGUAUAUCUGCAGUGAAUAUGUACAUUCUGGCAAUAUGCCAAACCAAAGAAUUCACUUAUCAUUCUGAAUAUAAAGACAGCAGCUGCAGCUCACAUUAGAUAGCCAGUAACCACGACAACAGAUCUGAAAACAUGGUCAGUGCUGUUUGUUGGUGCUCUGGUGUUUAGAACUCUACACUAAUCCUAGCAGGAGGAUGGGAAGGGGUUUGACUCUCACACACACUAAUCCCAGGGAGACCCAGGCAGGUCUGGCAUUAGCUUCCUGAUGCAGUGAGCUCAGUGGGGGAGCUCAGGCUGCUGCAGGUCAGUACUAAUUAUACUGCCAAUGGGUCACAAUAUUCAGCUGGUUAUAGAAAUGUAUAUUCAUAUAGUGUUAUUACAUUGCAGAGAGCUGGGCUCCUUCUAAUAUGAUCUGCUCAAAGGAUCCACAGAAAUAAAUAUUCAUGUAAUGUGCAGUGUAUGAGUGUAUCACAGAGCUCCACAGCAAUGUAACCCUUAGUAAUGUGCAGUGUAUGAGUGUAUCACAGAGCUCCACAGCAAUGUAACCCUUAGUAAUGUGCAGUGUAUGAGUGUAUCACAGAGCUCCACAGCAUGUAACCCUUAGUAAUGUGCAGUGUAUCACAGAGCUCCACAUCAAUGUAACCCUUAGUAAUGUGCAGUGUAUGAGUGUAUCACAGAGCUCCACAGCAAUGUAACCCUUAGUAAUGUGCAGUGUAUGAGUGUAUCACAGAGCUCCACAGCAAUGUAACCCUUAGUAAUGUGCAGUGUAUGAGUGUAUCACAGAGCUCCACAGCUAUGUAACCCUUAGUAAUGUGCAGUGUAUGACAGAGCUCCACAGCUAUGUAACCCUUAGUAAUGUGCAGUGUAUGAGUGUAUCACAGAGCUCCACAGCAAUGUAACCCUUAGUAAUGUGCAGUGUAUGAGUGUAUCACAGAGCUCCACAGCAAUGUAACCCUUAGUAAUGUGCAGUGUAUGAGUGUAUGAAGAGCUCCACAGCUAAACCCUUAGUAAUGUGCAGUGUAUGAGUUGUAACCCUGUAAUGUGCAGUGUAUGAGUGUAUCACAGAGCUCCACAGCAAUGUAACCCUUAGUAAUGUGCAGUGUAUGAGUGUAUCACAGAGCUCCACAGCUAUGUAACCCUUAGUAAUGUGCAGUGUAUGAAUGUAUCACAGAGCUCCACAGCAAUGUAACCCUUAGUAAUGUGCAGUGUAUGAGUGUAUCACAGAGCUCCACAGCAAUGUAACCCUUAGUAAUGUGCAGUGUAUGAGUGUAUCACAGAGCUCCACAGCUAUGUAACCCUUAGUAAUGUGCAGUGUAUGAGUGUAUCACAGAGCUCCACAGCAAUGUAACCCUUAGGAAUGUGCAGUGUAUGAGUGUAUCACAGAGCUCCACAGCAAUGUAACCCUUAGUAAUGUGCAGUGUAUGAGUGUAUCACAGAGCUCCACAUCAAUGUAACCCUUAGGAAUGUGCAGUGUAUGAGUGUAUGAGUGUAUCACAGAGCUCCACAUCAAUGUAACCCUUAGUAAUGUGCAGUGUAUGAAUGUAUCACAGAGCUCCACAGCAAUGUAACCCUUAGUAAUGUGCAGUGUAUGAAUGUAUCACAGAGCUCCACAGCAAUGUAACCCUUAGUAAUGUGCAGUGUAUGAAUGUAUCACAGAGCUCCACAGCUAUGUAACCCUUAGUAAUGUGCAGUGUAUGACAGCGCUCCAGAGCAAUGUAACCCUUAGUAAUGUGCAGUGUAUGACAGCUCCACAGCAAUGUAACCCUUAGUAAUGUGCAGUGUAUGAGUGUAUCACAGAGCUCCACAGCUAUGUAACCCUUAGUAAUGUGCAGUGUAUGACAGAGCUCCACAGCUAUGUAACCCUUAGUAAUGUGCAGUGUAUGACAGCGCUCCACAGCAAUGUAACCCUUAGUAAUGUGCAGUGUAUGAGUGUAUGACAGUUCCACAGCAAUGUGACCCUUAGUAAUGUGCAGUGUAUGAGUGUAUCACAGAGCUCCACAGCUAUCUAAGCCUUAGGAAUGUGCAGUGUAUGAAUGUAUCACAGAGCUCCACAGCUAUGUAACCCGUAGUAAUGUGCAGCGUAUGAGUGUAUCACAGAGCUCCACAGCAAUGUAACCCUUAGUACUGUGCAGUGUAUGAGUGUAUCACAGAGCUCCACAGCAAUGUAACCCUUAGUAAUGUGCAGUGUAUGACAGAGCUCCACAGCAAUGUAACCCUUAGUAAUGUGCAGUGUAUGAAUGUAUCACAGAGCUCCAAAGCAAUGUAACCCUUAGUAAUGUGCUGUGUAUGAGUGUAUCACAGAGCUCCACAGCAAUGUAACCCUUAGUAAUGUGCAGUGUAUGACAGAACUCCACAGCAAUGUAACCUUUAGUAAUGUGCAGUGUAUGACAGAGCUCCACAGUCAGUGACUGAAAUUAAGCAGCAUACUAAAAAAAGAGUAACAAAAUUAUCUAUAUGUAUAAUUAAUUUCUCCCCACAUCUUACACUGACGAGCCAUAACAUUAAAAACAUCGACCUAAUAUUAUGUAGGUCCCUCUCGUGCUGCCAAUACAGCUCUAAUGUAUCAAGACAUGGACUCAACAAGACCUCUGAACGUGUCCGGUUGGAUCUGACAUCAAUACAUUAGCAGCAGAUCCAGUGGAAGAGGUCACUGCCAUCGGGGAAUACCAUUGCUAUGAAGGUGUGUACAUGGUCUGCAACAAUCUCUAGGUAGAUGUUAAGCAUCAAAGUAAUAUCCAAUGGCAGAACCCAAGGUUUCCCAGCAGAAUAUUGCCUAGUGCAUAACACUGCCUCCGCCGGCCUGCCUUCUUCCUACUGCGAUCCACCUGAUCUAAAAGAAAAUAUUGCUCCAUGGUCCAGUUCUGAUGCUCACAUCCUCAUUGACUGCAUUUUUAGCAGUGGACAUGGGCCAUCAUGGGCACUCUAACUGGCCUGUGGCUACGCAGCCCCAUACGCAGCAAACUGUGAUGCACUGGGUGUUCUAAUACCUUUAUGUCAUGGCCACCAUUAAGUUUUUCAGCAAUUUGAGCUACAGUAUCUCUUCUGUGUGAUCGUAACAGACAAGCUAGCCUUUGCUUCCUACGUGCAUCACUGGGCCUUGGACAACUGUGAUGUAAGUUCACCGGUUGACCUUCCUUGCACCACUUUUGGUAGGUACUAACCACAAUACACCGAGAACACCCCACAAUACUUUCUAUUUUGGUGAUGUUCUCACCCUGUUGUCUAGCUGUCACUAUUUGGCCCUUGUCAAAGUCACUCAGAUCUUUUCUCUUGUCCAUUUUUCCUGUUUCCAACACAAGGAAUUCAAGAACUGACUCUUCACUUGCUGCCUAAUACAUCCCACCACAUGACAGGUGACAUUGUAAUUAUAUAAUCAAUGUUAUUCACUUGUCAGUAGUUUUAAUGUUGGGGCUGAUCAGUAUAUAUCUUUUUUUUUUUUUUCUUUGAAUUCUUUAUUUUUGUGGGUAUGCAAGUAUUAAUUGCAUUUUACAACAUGUGCAUAAAGGAUAACAUGUAUUAAAUACAUUCCAAAUAAUCAGCAUAUAACAUAGACAAUAUUGCACAGGUGCUAUGCCACCCGGUUUUUAUAGGGUAAUCUCUGCUUUACUCCCUCGUGCUGGAAGCCGUGGAAACAUUGGAAACAUGUAGUACCUUGGAGGGGGCCGGUAAAUAGCGUUAUGCGCCCUGCUCAGAGGCAUUGGGGCUGUGGACCUAGCCUAGGCGCGUGUGUGGGAAGUGCGGGUUUGUUGGCCAUUGGCCUGUCAAUGGUUUGGUGCGGGCCCCAGCGUAUCAGGCUGGAUGUGUGGUAUAUCGUUGCUCCUGUAGUCGGGAGCCUAUGGGUACCCUGCACGGGCUUGAGGGGGUGGGGGGUAGAUCUGCUUAGUCAACAUCGCUGGUUAUCUGCUUGCAGAGCCAGUAUCAUUAGUGUGUCUGGCACCCUGAGACAUUUAGGAACUGAGAACUGGAAAUGUGUAAAAACAACAACUAAACUUAAUUAAACUUAAUAAUCCACAUUGCCUAUAAAAUGAGAGUGAAGUCCUGGCAAGUGUGGUUUACAUGCAUUGUCCCAAGUAUAGUCCCGUUUCAGGGCACCUGUGACAGGUUGAAGGUGCACUUGCGUUUACGAUCGCUUGUCUUGUGUUGGUGAGUCUGUUGCCCUCAGCGUUGCUUCUCUGGGUACAAAUGGGGUUAUUUCGUCGACGUUCCAUGCUGGGCUGGAUCCUGUUGCUGCGGCCGGUAGUGGGAGUCCCAGGGACUGGAGAAACGUGCGUGCUUCGGAUCUGUGUGUCAGGUGGACCGUUUUGCCAGCGUGUUCCGUUGUUAAGCGGUGAGGUCCCCAUUUAUAGGGGAUAGCAUGUUCCCUCAGCAGCGAGGUGAUGUGGCGGAGGGAUCUGCGCCAGGUAAGUGUAUGCCGUGACAGGUCUCUAUAGAAAGUCAGGCUUUCUCCCUCAAAUGCGACCGUGGGAGAGCCUCUCGUAGCUCCCAUGAGGGCCCCCCGAUCAGAAUCCCUGACAAAUUUAAUCAGCACAUCCCUUGGUGCCUCCUGGGGAGCUUUAGGUGCUUUCGGGAUGCGAAAGCAGGAGUCAAUCCCUACUUGCUUUGCUUGCUUGGGGAUCAAUAAGGUUGCUAGUAGCCUCCUGCAAUAGUGUGGCAGCUCCUGGUUCACGACCGAUUCGGGCACUCCCCUGAUCCGUAGGUUUCUAGCUUUAGUUUUGUCCUCCAUUCCCGCCAACUGUGCUGUCAGCGUUGCAUAUUGCUUUUGUAAGAGUCCCUGAGCUGUGUCUGCAGCCGCCUGUGCCAUCCUUCUAUUCCCGAGGGAUUCCUCAAUGGAGACCACGCGGCCUGUAAGCGUGGAGAUUUCCCCAUGGACCAGCGCCAUAUCAGUGUCGAACAUCGCCUUGAUGUUCAGCGUUAGUGCUUUUAUAUCAGCUUUUUUGGCGGGUGCUGCGUCGCCUAGAUCUUUAGGCUGCUGAAAUGUGGUGUGUACCUUGUUGGGGGCAUGAAAAGAGUCAGAGACGCUAUCUUCGUCUGAUGAUUGUGGAGUAUAGGCCUCCAUCGGCGCCAUCUUGCCGGGUUCUUGCCGCUGAGACGGCCGCAUAAAAGUGCCAAUAUCUUUUGACCCCGAGCCAGGAUCUGUUCUGCCUUUCUUUGUUUUUUUCCCCAUAGAAUAGGGCACUCUGUGGAUCAGAUUGUCGGAUCCCAGAGGCUAAUUUUGUAGCGGUUUUGUCCUUUCUUUUGGAUCUCAUGUUAGGAGCUGUCGUGGAGUGCGACUUGCUCUUUCAGGCGCUGGCUCCGCCCCCCCAGUAUAUAUCUUAAUAGUAAUGAUGCUGGCAUGGAUUAUCCCCAAUCAAUCACACAUGGUCAUCCUGACUAUGGUGACCCUGUCAGAACAUGAUUGACACUCCAACACAUUGGAUUCUCUGACAGUGUGGUGACACUGCCAGAAAUUUACAGUCAUUCACAUCUGUUUAGUUGACAAUAUGGUGACCGUAGAAUUACCACAAUCCACCACUUGUCAACAAUCUGUCAGAUCUGUAAUACAUUGCUGGGUUCAAUCCAGGGCCGUCUUGAAUAACGAAUGGACCCUGGGCAAGUGUUUGAUUGGGCCCCCUGUGCCCUGCCGCUCUCGCCCCUCACUCCCUGGUAUGCAGUCACGGCAUCCAUCCCAACGCAGUGGCGGUACUAAAGUAGAAUGAAUUUUAUUGGGACCCCCAAUUGCAAGGUUGGACUAAAGGUAGAACCCCAUCUGUCGUGCAACUCCAACAAUGCUUUGACAGCUGGGACUCUACCAAUUUCCCAUGCUUGCAGGGUUGUAUUUAGCACUGAGCCAUGUUAGUAUGUUUGAAUGUAAGCAUGUGUUUGUAUGGAGUAUGUUUGUGUGAAUGUGUUUGUAUGUGGUACUGGAGUUUGAAUGCAAGUGUGCAUUUAUGUGUAGUGUUUGUUUUUGAAUGUAGGAGUGUGCUUGUAUGUAGUGUUGACGUUUCAAUGCAGGAGUGUGUUUUAUAUGUAGUGUUGAAGUUUGAAUGGAGGGGUGUAUUUGUAUUUAAAGUUGCGGCUCAGAUGCACAGGUACACACUCUGACGCACAAGCAGAUACACAGAUACAUACACUGACUACAUACAGAUAAACAGGCACAUACACUGACAGACACACUGACACAGGUACACAGGCCCGGACUGGCCAUCGGGCACACCGGGCAAAUGCCCGGUGGGCCGCGGUGGCCAUGGGCCGAGGCCGGCAGGGGAGGUCCCAGGAUCUCCCCUGCCGGUCUAUGCAGGGCCGGCACUCUCCUAGCGCCGGCCCCGCUGUUGGCCACGACGGGCCGGUGGGGAGAUCAAAGCUCUCCCUCACCGGCCCAAAUGCGGCCGCCGGCGGGGAGGGAGGGAGCCAGCCAGGCUGGAGAGAGGACCCGGCGGAGCUCUAAUAUGCAUCUCCGCCGGGUUCCUCUCGCGAGAUCCGGCGUGUUGCCAUGGCAACAACCGGAUCUCGCGAGAGUGAACUCUAGCCUGACAGGCUAUGCGGGCUAGAGUUCACUCACCCACGAGGACCACCAGGGAACACCGCCUCCCAGCGUGCCGGUCCCCCCUCUCCCAGGCUAAAGGUAAGAAGGGAGGGGGGGACAUAAUGCCUGUUUUUUUAUUUUAUUUUAAUUUUAUUUUAUUUACCCCCCUACACACACACAAUAACAUUUAUACAGCACUCUCACACCCAUCACACUCACAGCACUCUCACAGAGCACUCUCACACACACACAGCACUCUUACACCCAUCACUUUAAUACACACAGCACUCUCACACGGCACUCUCACCCCCGGCACUCUAGCCACUCUAAUGAGCUUAAUGAAGUGGUCUUGGUGCCAGAUCCUUCUAGGGUUAACCCAUUGUUUUAUAAACAUAGCAGUUUCAGAGAAACUGCUAUGUUUAUCAAUGGGUUAAGCCUUCCCCCAAAGCCUCUAGCAGCUGUCUCAUUGACAGCCGCUAGAGGCGCUUGCGUGCUUUUCACUGUGAAAAUCACACUGAGAGCAUGCAAGCGUCCAUAGGAAAGCAUUAUAAAUGCUUUCCUAUGCGACCGGCUGAAUGCGCGCGCAGCUCUUGCCGCGCGUGCGCAUUCAGCCGACGGGGCGGAUUGGAGGAGGAGAGCUCCCCGCCCGGCGCUGGAAAAAGGUAAGUUUUAACCCCUUUCCAGAGCCGGGCGGGAGGGGGUCCCUGAACCAAAUAUGCAUCACAUUACACCACAAACACAACACGACUAAAACCGACCUUAUUACACAAUACCACACCACGACCAGCUAACUCUACACACACGCAAUACCACAAGCAGGCUCCAAACACAUGCACAAUACUCUUUCCUGGCCCUUUUGUCUCCUGGUAUCCAUUUAUAGAGACACCAGAGACAAGUUGCAAGGAAACACAGUGCAAGCAUGUUAUUAAAUUUGCUUGCACUGUGCAGAACAAAUACAGGACUUUUUUCUCAUGCUAGAGCUCUUCAGCAGAGCUCUGCGCAUGGUCUGCCCUGGAAGAGCAUUGAACCAACAUGCUCACUUUGAGAGGAGGCGUGUUUGUCAUUGGUGAUGACAAAACACACCUCCUCUGCCCCGCCCCCUUUUUAGUGGGCUGCUGUGUUAAAAAAAUGCCCGGGCCGAAUUUUUCUCCCAGUCCGGCCCUGCAGGUACAUAUAUUGACACACACACAGACACAUACACUGGUAGACGUACUGACAGACAUACUGACACAGGCACAUAUACAGACAUACUGACACACAGACACAUAUACCGACAUACUGACACACACACACACAGACACAUACACUGAUCAACAUACUGACACACAUACACUGACAGAAAUACUGACACCCACACACUGACAGAUAUACUGACACCCACAUACAGGCACAUACACUGACACACACAGACUGAUAUACUGACACACACACACACAGACAUACUGGCACACAGACAGAUAUACUGACACAUGCAUACACAUGCACUAACAGACAUACUGACGCACUGACAGACAUACUGACACACACAGAUAUACACACACAUAUAUACUGACACACAGACAUACUGACACACACACACAGACAUGCUGAUACACUAACACACACAUACACUAACACACAAACACACACACUAACACACAUACACACACUAACACACAUACACACACACACAAACACAUAAACACACACAUACAUACACUAACACACACAUAUAUACACUAACACACACACAAACACAUACACUAACACACACAUUUAUUUAUUUUUUUAAUUUAAUCCCCCCAACCUCCUUACCUUUUGGAGUGCUGGGGGGAAUUCCCUGGGGUCCAGUGGUGCUGCUGGGCUCCUGGGCGGGUGGCCGGUCGGGCAGGAAGGCGGGCGCGCGAGGCAGCACUCACCGCUUCCUCUUCAGCUCCCUCGUGCGCCGCGUAGGGAUGCCGGCGCCGGAAGAUGAUCGCCAUUCGCUCCCAGAUCAGUGCGCGCGAGGAGCUGAAGAGGAAGCAGUGAGUGCUCCCUCACAGCCGCUUCUUCCCGUUCGACCGCCAUCAUUGGUCAAGGGGCCUGUGGGUAGGUGUCACCCCCCCAGAGAAACUGGGCCCGGGGCAGCUGCCCCGUUUGCCCCGCGUUAAAGACGGCCCUGGUGCAAUCUCAAGGGGCCCCAUUAGUAGUAACAAAAGACACACAACACCAGUUAUAAAACCAUUUUACUCCACCCAGGUAAAUCUGACAUCUAUUUCUGUAGUGAGAGACCCAAGGAAAUUACUUUAGCUCUCUAUCCCUAUUAUUACAGAACAUAUAUAUCAACCUGAAAUGGAGGGAUGCCCCCCUGCCCCCAUUUCAGGUUAAUUUUAAAUAAUAAAUUAGAUAGAUAUCUAUCUACACCAUAUAUAUUUUCACAUUGCAUACUGAGGGUAUUCUAACGAUUAUUCUUAUUCUUCUAGGAGGACCAGAGGUUGAUAUUGUGCAACAGAAAAACUCCUUGAUAAUGAACAAAUGCAGGAAUCAGAUGGCUGAGAGGAUAUUGAAUCUCGCUCUGGACAUCAUCUACCUGCUGACUGGAGAGGUGAGGGAUUCUGGGUAAUGUCAGUAUGGAGAUCAUCUACCUGCUGACUGGAGAGGUGAGGAGGGAUUCUGGGUAAUGUCAUUAUGGAGACUGGAGAGGUGAGGGAUUCUGGGUAAUGUCAUUAUGGAGAUCAUCUACCCGCUGAAUGGAGAGGUGAGGGAUUCUGGGUAAUGUCAUUAUGGAGAUCAUCUACCCGCUGACUGGAGAGGUGAGGGAUUCUGGGUAAUGUCAGUAUGGAGAUCAUCUACCUGCUGGCUGGAGAGGUGAGGGAUUCUGGGUAAUGUCAGUAUGGAGAUCAUUUACCUGCUGACUGGAGAGGUGAGGGAUUCUGGGUAAUGUCAGUAUGGAGAUCAUCUACCUGCUGACUGGAGAGGUGAGGGAUUCUGGGUAAUGUCACCAUGGAGAUCAUCUACCUGCUGGCUGGAGAGGUGAGGGAUUCUGGGUAAUGUCAGCAUGGAGAUCAUCUACCUGCUGGCUGGAGAGGUGAGGGAUUCUGGGUAAUGUCACCAUGGAGAUCAUCUACCUGCUGGCUGGAGAGGUGAGGGAUUCUGGGUAAUGUCAGUAUGGAGAUCAUCUACCUGCUGACUGGAGAGGUGAGGGAUUCUGGGUAAUGUCAGUAUGGAGAUCAUCUACCUGCUGACUGGAGAGGUGAGGGAUUCUGGGUAAUGUCAGUAUGGAGAUCAUCUACCCGCUGACUGGAGAGGUGAGGGAUUCUGGGUAAUGUCAUUAUGGAGAUCAUCUACCCGCUGACUGGAGAGGUGAGGGAUUCUGGGUAAUGUCAUUAUGGAGAUCAUCUACCCGCUGACUGGAGAGGUGAGGGAUUCUGGGUAAUGUCAUUAUGGAGAUCAUCUACCUGCUGACUGGAGAGGUGAGGGAUUCUGGGUAAUGUCAGUAUGGAGAUCAUCUACCUGCUGACUGGAGAGGUGAGGGAUUCUGGGUAAUGUCACCAUGGAGACCAUCUACCUGCUGACUGGAGAGGUGAGGGAUUCUGGGUAAUAUCAGUAUGGAGAUCAUCUACCUGCUGACUGGAGAGGUGAGGGAUUCUGGGUACGUCACCAUGGAGAUCAUCUACCUGCUGACUGGAGAGGUGAGGAUUUGGGUACGUCACCAAGGAGACUACUCCACCUGCUGACUGGAGAGGUGAGGGAUUCUAAAGGUAAUAAGCCACUAUGGAGACUACUUCCACCCAAGCCGGCCGAGAGGUGAGGGAUUCUGGGUAAUGUCAGUAUGGAGAUCAUUUACCUGCUGACUGGAGAGGUGAGGGAUUCUGGGUAAUGUCAGUAUGGAGAUCAUCUACCUGCUGACUGGAGAGGUGAGGGAUUCUGGGUAAUGUCAUUAUGGAGAUCAUUUACCUGCUGACUGGAGAGGUGAGGGAUUCUGGGUAAUGUCAAUAUGGAGAUCAUCUACCUGCUGACUGGAGAGGUGAGGGAUUCUGGGUAAUGUCACCAUGGAGAUCAUCUACCUGCUGACUGGAGAGGUGAGGGAUUCCGGUUAAUGUCAUUACGGAGAUCAUCUACCUGCUGGCUGGAGAGGUGAGGGAUUCUGGGUAAUGUCAUUAUGGAGAUCAUCUACCUGCUGUCUUGAGAGUGAGGGAUUCUGGGCUGGGCCAGUAUGGAGAUCAUCUACCUGCUGACUGGAGAGGUGAGGGAUUCUGGGUAAUGUCAUUAUGGAGAUCAUCUACCCGCUGAAUGGAGAGGUGAGGGAUUCUGGGUAAUGUCAUUAUGGAGAUCAUCUACCCGCUGACUGGAGAGGUGAGGGAUUCUGGGUAAUGUCAGUAUGGAGAUCAUCUACCUGCUGGCUGGAGAGGUGAGGGAUUCUGGGUAAUGUCAGUAUGGAGAUCAUUUACCUGCUGACUGGAGAGGUGAGGGAUUCUGGGUAAUGUCAGUAUGGAGAUCAUCUACCUGCUGACUGGAGAGGUGAGGGAUUCUGGGUAAUGUCAGUAUGGAGAUCAUCUACCUGCUGGCUGGGGAGGUGAGGGAUUCUGGGUAAUGUCAUUAUGGAGAUCAUCUACCUGCUGACUGGAGAGGUGAGGGAUUCUGGGUAAUGUCGUUAUGGAGACCAUCUACCUGCUGACUGGAGAGGUGAGGGAUUCUGGGUAAUGUCACCAUGGAGAUCAUCUACCUGCUGGCUGGAGAGGUGAGGGAUUCUGGGUAAUGUCGUUAUGGAUACCAUCUACCUGCUGACUGGAGAGGUGAGGGAUUCUGGGUAAUGUCACCAUGGAGAUCAUGUACCUGCUGGCUGGAGAGGUGAGGGAUUCUGGGUAAUGUCAUUAUGGAGAUCAUCUACCUGCUGGCUGGAGAGGUGAGGGAUUCUGGGUAAUGUCACCAUGGAGAUCAUCUACCUGCUGGCUGGAGAGGUGAGGGAUUCUGUGAAAGUAACACUGACAUCAACAUCACCAGUUUCUCAGUCUCUGCAAAAGGAAACCGGGCCUUCCAGUCAUUAAUAUGUGACACGUGUGAGGCAUUGUAUUUAGCAAUUGGUAGAAUUGCACAAAAGCUAAGAACUGGAAGGUAUUUGUAUGUAGGGAGAGGCAGAACAGGUGAUAUAUCUAUUGUGGAAAUAUAAAGUGCCUCUCUGUCACUUCUUUAAGAAGUAUAGGGGGAGGGGGAAGAGGUGUUUCAGGUAGGUUGGCUGAUCGUCUACCCUAAGUUAAGUAUUGUCAACUUUACAACAUGCAGUCACAUAUGAAUUUUUGCCAGAGGAACCAAGUAAAUGUGAAUUAAGAAUGGAUUGAGGCAAAAAUGCUGUUGACUUCUCCUUUGCUCUAAUCUCUGCCAAUUUAGAGAUUAAUUGGUAUAUGAUUGGUGCCUGUAGGCAUUUCCAUAGAAUGGGGAUCAGGGACUUGGCAGCAUUUAGCAUAGAUCUUGUUAGAUGUUUUUGUAUUUUAAAUUAAAGACCUGCUUUGGUGUAAUAACAUGUGUUCAGGGGAGAAUGGUUGUGGGGUACCAUGAUCAUCCUUAUGUUACUGUGGGCUUGCUUCUAAAACCAUGUGAUGGUGAGACAGGUCUAAAACACGUAAAAAACAAAGAAAAGAAAAAGUUACCUGCGCUCUCUCCUUAAUCCCUAUGUAUAUUUAUACAAAUGGAGGUCAUUUAGUUGCUCCAAUGGCCAUUGGAGGGAAUGCCCGCCUGCCAACGUCAAGGCAGACCCCCCUAAGCGGGUCCUAACACUGACCCUUCAGCCUGCUUCCUUGAGCUUCUGGCAAAGAUAUCUCUAAUGAGACAGAGAGGGGUAUUUUUUAUAUACACCCCCUAUAUACUUGUAACGGCACCCCCAGGCAUAAAAGGGUCAAACCGUCGUUUAGAAGAUCUUCCCCUUCCAGAGACACAGGCAGCUACUGUAGACACCAAUCCACCGAACCGGAGAAGCAUAUGAAUGCUCUCAAGCACAUGAAUGCUGUAAACAGCUGAAUAGGAAAAACCAUAUAAAUAGGUUUACACUCCUAGCAGUCAAACUGGAACAGCAUACAAUAAAUCCCCCCAAGAACGAGACAAGCUCCGUUUUGAGGGUCAAGCAGGAACAGAUUUACUGGGGCUACCUGCCCAGCUUUUAUGCAUGUCUCCCACCUGGUGGACACUCCUCCAGUGGACAGUGGCGAGGCUGGUUUCGCCACAUUUCUCCCCUUUCCUAUCCAGACUAACAGGGUAUCUGACCUCCUGUCGGUCAGUGCUCUGGUUAGUCCAGCAACCCACCCACAAAACAGAAUCCGCAGUAUAACCCACCCACCAGAAUUGGUUACUACACCUGGGGCAGUGUCCAAGAGCUCCACUUCGGCUCUGGGGGGUACUAGCGUUCCAUGUCCAAGAGCUCCACUUCGGCUCUGGGGGGUACUAGCGUUCCGGAUCGGUGGGUUGCUGAGUGGGCAGAGACCAGCGGUACUCUGCCCUGCUGCCAGCGCUACCACGGGAGUAGCCUGGUUGGAGCCCAGUUGAGGGAAUGGCGUAAUAGGCUCCUCACUCUGGACCUGGUACUGCUGCUGGAGGGCAAGACAGGCUGUCUCCCCUUUGGAUGAACAUCCUUGCUGCCGGGGAACAGGACCGACCGUCCCUAGCCCCUGUGAGGCAUGUGCAGAGACCACGGUCCCAUCUGCACUGGUGGGGGGCUUAUCUCCCCUUGGUGGGCUAGGCUGCCGUUGGGGAGAGUGGGUAGCAAGUUCCUCUCCCUUACCCACUUUCUGUCGCUGGGGAGAGGGGAUGACAAGCUCUUCUCCCUGACUCUCUCUCUGCUGGUGGAGGGGGGGACCAACUGUCUCCCCUUUCAAUAUACUGUCCUGCUGCUGGGGGACGAGACCUACUGCCUCAUCUGCCCCAUCUGGGAGAAUAGGGUCUCCCCCUUGUACGUUAAGCUCCCGCUGGGGAGAGGGGGUAACAAGCUCCUCUCCCAUAUAUACUUCCAACCGCGGGGGAGGGAGACCGACUGUCUCCGCUCCCAGUACAGAGUCCUGCCGCUGGGGAAUGGAGACUGGGCUCCCAAUUCCCUGCAGAUCACACUGCUGCUGGGGAAUGGAGACUGGGCUCCCAAUUCCCUGUAGAUCACACUGCCGCUGGGGAUCUGAGCCAACCGCCCAGCAUCCCUGUAGCUCACCCUGCCACUGGGGAGGGAGGACGCUGCUCUCCUCUCCCUGCAAGGUACUUCCGCUGGGGGACAGGACCAACUGUCUCUGCCCCCUGUAACUCAACCUGCCGCGUGGUAAAAUCUCUGUCAAACUGCUCCUUAGUGUAGCUGGGUGCCAUGCUUGCUCUGCUGCAGUUGCUUCUUUUGUAGAUAGGGGCGCUGUACGGGUACUAGCGUUGCCCUCAAUUUGUAAGUCCAGGGGAUGGUGUUGUCUCGUAGCUGUGCUUCUGGCUGUAGGAAAGAUCCCGCUGCUUGCCACCAAUUGUAACGGCACCUCCAGGCAUAAAAUUGUUAAACCGCCGUUUAGAAGAUCUUCCCCUUCCAGAGCCACAGGCAGCUAUUGUAGACACCAAUCCACCGAACCGGAGAAACAUAUGAAUGCUCCCAAGCACAUGAAUGCUGUAAACAGCUGAAUAGGAAAAACCAUACAAAUAGGUUUACACUCCUAGCAGUCAAACUGGAACAACAUACAAUAAAUCACCCCAAGAACGAGAUAAGGCUCCGUUUUGAGGGUCAAGCAGGAACAGAUUUACUGGGGCUACCUGCCCGGCUUUUAUGCAGGUUUCCCACCUGGUGGACACUCCCCUAGGGGACCAGAUGGGAAACUGGGAAACAUAUUGGACAUUGACCAAUCACAGACAUACACCUUUUAACACUCUCACAAUGCAUCACAAUCCCUCCUCUCUGUCCUGGAGGUAAUUGGGAAGUAAUCCAAUUAUCUCCAAGGACAGAGGCAAAACUCCAUUAACUCCACAUGGCAGACAAAGGACAAUAAAAGACAUAAAAUUACAUACUGUUACAUUUAUCACAUAGAACAUAAACAUUCUACCUAUCCCCAGAUAGCUUAGAUCUGAGCGCACAUUAUUACCGGAUGGCGCUCAGAUAACGUACAUACAGUUCAAUCCCCAUGGAGCCAAAGUCUUUCAUACAGUCUUCCAGUAUACGGCUGGGCUCCAUGGCAUAGCUAUCUGGGGUAGCAUGGCUUUAACAGUCUGCAGAAAGGCACGAAUACGCUUUUCUGCAGGGAAAAUAAAAGGUUUUAACUGCCGGGCCAUAGUCUAAAGGGAGCAGGUGAGCAACCAGGCUCCUCCAGUGGACAGUGGCGAGGCUGGUUUCGCCACAAUACUUAUUAACCCUUAAUAGGGAACACAUGUAGUGUGGUGACAGCUGUCUACCUGCACUGCUACCAUGCAUGAGAAGCAUGACACAAGACUUGUGUAGUCCUGUACCAUAGAGAUGGGAGCUUGUGAUUCAUCUCCUGAAGUUUAGAGCUAACCUUGCCCUGUUGAGACAGAUUGUAGAUUUAAGACCAUUUAAUAUGUGCCCAAAUGCAUUUUUCCCAUUGUGUCAUGAAUUGUAGGGAUGUGUCCUGAAGGUAGGUUUGUAGUAUGUGAUGAAUGCAGAUACAAGAUUUCCCUACCAAGGGAUUGCCCUGAUUUACAGAAGUGCUGAAAAGCUUCUUGUAAUGAGUUGUAAAAAUAUCUCAUUUAGUUGUACUCAAAAGACUCUAGAAUUGUCAAUUCCUCAGAGAAGCCAAUUACUCCAAGUCCUUAAAAAACCAUUAGUGAAGAUGAUCUCCCUGAGGGCAACUUGCUCUCCUCUACUGAGAAAGUAAAGCAUGCGGGGUGUGGAGUCUACGAAGAAUUCAGGGUUGGAUGUCCAGUAAAGAAUAGGGCCUUUUCAUCUCAUUGAAUCGGCUAUAGUGCCUGGAGUUCCCUGUCACUGUUCCUCCUGUAGUGAACCAUUUUCAAGCAGUAUAAGACUAUACAAGGGUCCCUAGUCAUCCACAGCCAGAGACAGAGAUUAUACACUUCCUUCUUUCUAUACCGAUUGAUACCAACAAUGGGCACUGUCAUAGUCUGAAAGUGGUCAGCUGACACACUCGGCUAUUCACAGCCAACUAUUGCUGCUCAGGUUAAUGCUUCCUCAUUAGCCCAAACAGCACACAGUGUAUGAGCUGCUGGGGACAUUCAUUUAGCAUUAAGACAUUAAAAAUGUUUCAAUGCUGAAUGGAAGGACAGUGCCAAGGAAUGAUAGACACUAUAACCACUUCAAUUAGACAAAGCAGUUACAGUGUCCUUUUCAGGUUGCCCAUUUUGGGAAGCCAAAGUAUAGUCUGCAUUGUGCCAUUUGCCAAACCCUUUAAAUCUAUGACCCUAAUAUGUUUUGGUUAUGUGUGUGUGACAUUCUAUGAGUUGUAGGAGUUGUAAGUUGCACUAAGAUUUAAUAAAGGAAGGCCAUUGGUUUUUAAGGACGCAAGGUUGUGAUUGAGAGGUGUGGACAACUAGUUUCCUAUGCGAAGGAGGUUACUAUGAAAUUUAGCAUGGAGAAGUGGGUUACAGAAUUGCUAUCAAAAGCGUUUAGAAUUGAGAGACAAACCUAUUCUACCCUGCCUUGUUAUGUCCGGGUACAACCAGUAGGAGGCAGGGCAACCAUUCCAUUAGGCCUUGGGUAUGGGUUGCCUAAAUGUGAUGCCUAUAAGCAUCUUCCCCGUCUACUAUAGAAUAUAAUUUGUAUAGUUACCUCACUCCUUUUUUAUGUUUCAAUAUUUAGGAUUAUGUUGUUGUUAAGAAGUCCUGUGAUCAUGUCUUGAACAACAGCAGUCCUUGUGUAUCUGAAAGUUCCUGCAGGACCCAGAGCCCCAAAACUCUCUCAUUGGUACAUGAGAGGAACAAUGAGAAGAUGAUCCUGGAACUGACCAAUCAGAUCAUCCAGCUGCUGACUGGAGAGGUGAGGCUGCUGGGAAUGGGACAUUAUAGAGUAAAACCAAGGGAUGUGUCUGGAUGGUGACUGUAUCAUUGUAUGUGUCAGGUUCCUAUAAGGUGUGAGGAUGUCACUGUCUAUUUCUCCAUGGAGGAGUGGGAGUAUUUCGAAGGACACAAGGAUCUCUACAGAGACGUGAUGAUAUCUAAUUACCAGACCCUCAGCUCACUUGGUAAGAAGAGUAUUAAUCACUGUCAUGUAUAUGAAUAAAAUAUGUGAUGCACCCCUACGUGGGGCUUUUUAGCACAAAAUCUAUUUGGUUCAGAGGCUUCUCAAUGAGUCUCUUCCGGGCAAAAAGGAGAGGGCUUGCAAAAAAUUCAGUUCAUAAGAACAUCCGCUUUUGUGAACUCUUUUAAGAUACGCUCCCAUUGAAUACAUGCAUUAAAAAAAUGGGGGUAUAUGAACUAAACUGUGACAUUUGUAAAAAAAAUCAGUCUGGAGUGGUCAUUUUAUUUCUGCACCACAAGUCUGUGGAACAGAGCAGGGUCUCUUUCACCUCCCGCUGCUUUAGUAUCAAUAUAGCCGUGAUUAUAGAAAGCGUUUGCUCUUGUUGGACUCUACACCUGGCCUCUAAAGGAAUUGCUAUUCAGCUUCUAUUACCAAGCUACGAUGAUUGUUUUCCUUUUAUUAUUUUGCAAAUUUAAUGUUUUCUUGAAUAACAUGUGAUUACAGAGCGCAAAAAAUGUAUUUACUGUAAAAUAAUAUAUUACUUGAUUAUAAAUUGCUUGGUCAUUUAUCAGAAUUUCGACCUCACUUUUAAUAUUCUUUUUUUUUCGGAUAAGCUUUUCAAAUAAUUAUUCAUAUUUUUUUUAUAUAUGAUCUAUUUUUUUAAUUUAUUUUAAAACAUAAUUUUAAAAGUUUAUCCAAAAAUAUUAAAUAUUAUUUGCUACAGAGUUUUACACACUGUUACCGCAUGAAUUUGUUUGUUUUAGUUGAAAAAUGAUUACUCGUAUUACUCUUAAUGCAUCUUUCAUUUCCAAUAGAUAAAUCCCUGGUGAUAAAUACAGCCAAAGUGUGUAACAUUCCUUUUUCCAAACAAUAUUAUAUUAAAGAAGAGAGAAUGGACUAUGAGACCAACAUAGCAGUGAGAUUAAAUGAGCCAAGAAGAGAAGAGAGAAAUGUUAAUGGGGAAUCAGGCGUAUGUGAAGAGGGGCAGAAGAGCAAAAAUCCAUCUACUAAUAUUAAGGAGGAAUCAGUAAUUCUUACAGACACAGACAACAAUACUCCCAAGAACAAUACACAGGUAGAAAAUGCAUCUGUUUCUAUUAAGAAGGAACCAAGCUCUUGUCAAGAAAGCAAUAUCCCAGACACUGACAUUUAUAUAUCUAAUAAUACAGGUAUCAGCAAAGAGCCAGAAAACAAUGGGAACACCUCAAUAAUUAAUAGUAGCGAAAAGGUCACAGUUGAUAAUAGUGCUACUUCAGUAUCUCAACAAUCAACACACUGCACGCAUAAAAUAUAUACAUGUUCUGAUUGUCAUAAAUGUUUCACUGGUGACUCUGAUCUUAUUAAACAUCAGGGAAUUCCCAUAGUAAAGCAGUUCAAAUGUUCAGAAUGUGGUAAAUACUUUGCUUCUAAAUACAACCUUGUUGUACAUUCUAGAACUCACACUGGAGUUAAGCCAUUCCCAUGUUCUGAAUGUGGUAAAUGUUAUAGCUAUAAAUCACACCUUAUUACACAUCAGAGGAGCCACACAGGGGAGAAACCAUUCCCGUGUUCUGUAUGUGGGAAAACAUUUAGCCGUAACUCUCAUCGAAUUGCACAUCAGAAUGCCCACACAGGAGUGAAAUCCUUCUCGUGUUCUGAAUGUGAGAAAUGUUUUAAGUAUAAGUCACAUCUUAUUUCACAUCAGAAGAUUCACACAGGAGAAAAACCUUACCUGUGUUCUGACUGUGGGAAAUGUUUUAAUCGUAGAUCAAAUCUUGUAGAACAUCAGAGGAGUCACACUAGAGAGAAACCAUUCUCAUGUUCUAUAUGUGGGAAAUGUUUUAAAUCUAAUUCAUAUUGCAUAAGACACCAAAAUGCUCACACUCAAAAAAGCCUUGUGUUUUGAAUGUUGAAAAAUUUUUAAUGCUAAUUUCAUUUACAUUAAAUAUAUUGUACAGGACAGAAACUAUUUCAUGUUCCAUUUGUAAAAAAUAAUUUUUCUCGGAAAGGACCGUUUACUAAAUAAUAAAAGGAUUCAUUUUGUGUAGAAAAAAUGAAUGGGAAGUGGCAUGGCUGCUAUUUCACAUCGAUGGGUUCUUCCUGAUCAGCUGCAAGCUGAUUUAUUCACAAAAAGUUGUUUUACACACCAAACAGUUUGAAUAAACAGUCUAACAAUCUGGUGGACUGUACUAUCAUGGACCACUGUACUAUUAUUGCACUGAUUUUUACCUCCAUAUGUUUAUCUAGACACCUCUUUAUUAUAAACUUAGUUUGAUGUGGUUAGCAAAGAUGACAUCCAUUCAAGCUUAUAGCUCAGUAGAUGAGGGAUCAGUACAUUGCAACUCCUCAGAGGAACUACACUUGCUGUUAGCUCAAAUGUUUCAAUUAAAAUAGAAAACUGCACAUUAUCACCUACAGAGCUGGCAGCUGAGCCCUCUUACAGUACUAGGGGGUUCUGCGGGGUUGUAAACACAAAAUUGUGUGCCUCACCUAAGAUAUUCGCUGAACUGAAUUUUUUUCUAUUACAUGAAUUGGGUUUCUGUUUUAUCUUUGACUUUCAACUCAUUUUGUAUUGUCAGAAGGACUUGGCUCCAUCGUAUUAGACUUGUUUUGAUUUGAAUAGUUACAUCACUGCCAAAUUAGAUCCCGCUUAUUAUUAUACCAGGUUGCACUGUCUGACUGCAGACUAUUCAUUUAAUUAGUCUCCUUAUAAAAUAGUCUCUGGUGAGUGGAAAUUUAGCCUUGGUAUCCUCAGUGCCUGUGACGAUGCUCAGGGCUGUUUGAAGGCAACAACAUAAUAACAGUGGCUAGACGGAUGAUGUUUGCAUCUUUCAACAAUGUCAUGGAUCUAUACAAUAGGGAAAUUAUUUCCCCCACGAGCCGUAAACUAACUCAAACACAGUGCAGGGGGUACAUCAAAUCCUGCAAUACCUCAAACAAGCUGAUGGAUUUAUAGUGGAUGCCAUAAAUGUCACAAUGGAGUUUGACCUCUGCAAAUGGGCUUUACCACCUUGUAGCCUUAGCAUAAAUGUUCCACUCCCCAGUGCACUGCCAAAUUUGGAGGAACCGCAAAUCUUUCAAAAAGGGAAGUACAGUGGAGGGAGCUCCGCAGCCAAACGGAAAAAUAAGUGACAAUAAAGUGUUCUAGCAUGCCAAAAUGACCGACCAUGCAGUGUACCUUAACCAGGAGCCGACCAGGAAACCCUGACCCUCUUACCUCUUUCCCAGAUCAAUAUCUGGUCGAGGGCUCCGUUGGGGCCUGGAAUGUGGCCCGGGCGGGACGGCCGCUCUCCCGCUCGGCGCACAACAUGGCUCCUGCAAGAGGCAAUCGCUGACCCGCCACCCCCUAUUCCCCCGCCCCCCUCCCACUCGGACCGGAGGGGGUUAUCCCGGUCCCCGCUGGCCAGCCAAGGGAUACACAGAGUGGCAGGGCCUCUAUGCCUGCAUCUACUCGAGACAUAACUUUCCCUGCCAAGAUGGCUGCCGCACUCACACCUCAUGGCGCUGAACCCACAAAGCCUACAGGAGCUUACCCUGACACCGUCCAGCAAUCCCUGAAGAGGCUGGAUGCCUUGUUCGACCGCUUCUGGGCCUUGCUGAAGCAAAGAACAGCUGCACGACCAACCCAGCCCCAGACAGUGAACGGAACGACGAAAAGCAGAGGAGAGUGUAGGCCUAUGCAGAGCCCUGUCAGCACAGAAGCUCAAGCAACUCCUAACAUGGGCUCUGCGGGGCCGAGAGUCAAAACUCCACAAAGACGCACUCACCGAAUAAACAGAAACCGCAGGAAACAUCACUGCCGCACCAAGACUCCGUGUCUCUGUCCUCCCCGAAAAGUCACAGGCACCACUAGCCAGAUCCGUCCCAUGGUGACAGCGGCGUCAACGGGCUAGAAAGAAGCUCUGUACUGCACCCUAUAUACGGCUGUACUAAGAUGCCUCACCCUCUGCACAAAGAGACUCCAGCGGGCACCUCAGCAACACCCCGCACGGCUCCAGGAGGCGAAAAGGCAUAGCACGGGACUAUCAUGGCGAGAGACUCUCCCUCCGAGCCUCUUAGCGGCGUGGGCUCACAGCCACCAAGGGACGCUAAGAUACCUGCUCUCAGGCACAAGAGAGUUCGGUUAAUCCCUGCACGCAGCAACUAACCUGUUUAUAUACCCAGCGGUACACUCAAUCAUUUAAACAUAUAAUCUGUAAUGCGUGAUACCCUUCUACCCAAUAAUCAGUUAUUAGCUUGCAUUUAUUUUAUGUAUUUUAUUUGACUGACGCGUAUCAACCCUAGCCUAGUUUGUUGGCACUAUCUUCUCUAACCGAGGCCACAAACAACCCAGCGACACAAACGCAAGAAAAUGAUAGCAAGUUAAAAAUGUUAUGUAAUUGAUCCCACUUAAGAUUAGCAGAGUCUUUUUAGCUCCACACAUAAUGCAUAAUUGUUUAGUUUUAACCAAUGCUACGUCAGGGGCCUAUCGGCUGCAUGUAUGUUAGCCCAUAUUAUGAACACUAGAUAACGCUAGUUAAUAGACUGUGAGUUAAUAGACCCUUUUUAGCACAGCAGCAAGCCUGAUACAGAGGGCAUGAAUGUUUAUGCUAGAGCAUUGCUUUCACACUUAUGUGUAACCCUGUCUACCAAAUCUGUCAGGAUGCUACAGGCAUGUUUACUCUUAAAUAAUUGGUUAUCGCUUAGACAUACCUACGUAACUAAUAUUACCUUUAAAAAAAAAUUUGCAAGUUUUCAGAGCCACUGUACAACCUAUCUAUGUUUCCAUAUUAUUCUUCGCAGUUGUGGCUCAUAACUAUGUUUUGUACUCACCUGCACAACAAAAAUAAAGAAUAUAAAAAAUAAAAAAAAGAGAAGUACCGUAAUCAGAGGACAAUGCCACAGAAUGGGGGAAACCACCAAUCAAUACAAUGUUUCGGCCAUAGCCUUAAAGGAACACAAUAGUGUUAGUAAUACAAACAUGUAUUCCAAACACUAGGGUGCUGGGGUGGCUGUUUAGGUCCCCGGCACCCUGACAUUGGAGUUAGGUUUUUAACUUUCCUUCUCUCCCUCGUGGCGGCUGUCCUGCCUCCAUGGCUGUGAUCUCAGUUAGUCCAAUGCUUUCUCAAAGGAAACCAUUAGUAGGCUAUUGCGCAUGGCAAAACAACACGCUGCGCCAAUCAGCAUCUUCUCUUUGAAUCAAUGCAUCUCUGCACUAGACUGCCACUAGACGCAUUACAGGCAGCAUGUGAGCACUACCUUUUCUCUGAAAGUUUUUACAUUGAAAAGUUUGCAGGGACAUCCUAUAGACACCAGAACAUUAAGCUGUAGUAGUUCUGGUGACUAUAGUGUUCCUUUAUGUAUAUAAUUACAAUGGUGUAAUGAGAUAGCGAUAUAUAUAUACAUAUAAUUGUGAUUAACAAGAUCACAUGAUAACAGGGUACGCACCUUAAUCAGUCAACAAAGAUACAAAAAGUGAUAUAGUAUAUUAAACAGUACAUAAGUGUAAACCAAAUACAAAGAUAGCGGAGAGAGAUCACAAGUAUAAAAAGAUGAACAUUCAUCACAUGAAAGUUAUUCAUCUGUAUUGUCCUCUAAUGCCACCGUGAUUUAUAUUCAAAUCAGAGGUCAUGUUACAGGAGGGCUGCUGCGCAUGCCAGUAUCCUGUCCAUUCCCAGGGGUCAUGUAGUAGGAGAUGCUGUUUUGUGGAGAGUUACUUUAAGGCUCGGUUACUAGUAUGGCCAUGAAACUACUCAUAAAUACAUUUCUAUUUGACCGAAAAAAAACCAUGAUUCAUAUAGCAAGUAAAUGAACUGAUUUUUGCUAGAAUUAGGAACACAUCAUUGUAAGUUCAUAUAUUUUUCUGGAAACAAAAAUUCACAAAUGAACAUUUGUAGGGCCACGAUAAACACAGUAUUCUACAAAUAUAUCUCCGAACUAAUGUCUGUGUUCUUAUAAGAAGUGUAAUCCUUGUGUAAAUAACUUUUCAUGAAAUAAGCAUAAUAUAAUUGCUGAGCUAAUGCCCUUGUGCUUUGGAGUGUUCUCAUUAACACGUAUAACACUCCCGAAUUAGUUUGCACAAUAUAAAUACCAAUAAUAAUAAGAUACCUAUUCUCGAAUACCAUUAAUAGUAUUAUUUAAUGCUAUAUCAUCUUAUUUGGCAUUGGACAAAUAAAAUCCAUUUUCUGGAGAUCCUAUAACUGGGGGGGUUUUCAUAAAACUAUCGCACACAUAACAUGUUCCUUGCCUCACUUCUCACACGAGCAGCAGUUGAUAGUUUAUUGUAUGUGAUCUUGUCUGAUCUAAGGACCCUUGUCUCUUUCAGUUUGAUAACAUCAUAUCCCAUCCCUCUCGAUUUCAGUUAUCCUUAAUGUUUCACACAGUACCGUACAAAGUUAUUUAACUUCCAAUUGACAGAGAAUUGAGCAGUGAGACGGUAGGGGCCGGAUCUAUACACCAUAACUGCUUCAUAAAGCUAAAGUUGUUUUGGUGCGUAUAUUAUCCUCUAAAUAGAUUCCUGCUGCGAAUUGCGGAAUAUAACGUGGCAGCAUGUACAGAUAAUAUGCUUUUCCUUGGAGAGCAUUUAGAUAUUUCUCUGUCGAAUAUUUUAGCUGAAUUCUGAACGCAAGGAGCACUGAACAAUGUAAAAUGUAACGAUCAUUAUAUCAUCACAUGAGGCUACUGCCUUACAAAUUAUAUUUCUGUUUAUGGGAUGCAGGGAGCACUUUGUUCCUACACUUUGAAUUCUCAUAUGAGCAGUCUCAGCCAACCAAUCCAAGUGCUAUAACUAAUAUUGCAUUCUGUGGGAACAUUUGCAACUGAUGGGAAAUUAGCCCCCCCGACAAAUAUUAUAAAUAGUGCCCCCACAAGCCACCAGUGGGUGAGGGCUGGGGGUUACACCAGGUCGACCCUCUUAUAUUUUAAUAGCCCCGCCCCCCACCCACUGAACACUGGUGGGAUUAGGAUGUACCCUCUUUUUACUUAUUAAAUAUACCCCACCUGCUGCCAAUGGGUGGGGGCAGGGCAGUGGUCAAUGAAUUGUCAACUCCCCAUUAUUUAUUUUAAAGUCCUCGACCCGAUGGCCAGUCUCUGCAUCCUCCACCUAACUGCAGCUCUCUUCAUGCAGAAGCAUUAGCACAAGUAACAAGGGCUAGCAGUUAAUGGUGGAGUACUAAAGCUGGCUUCAGCAUUUGGCUGAGCAGAAGAGGAAAGCGGCAGAUUAGCUGCUGCGAACACAUCUUAAGUGUUAACCUAUUUUCACUGUUUAAAACAUAUCCUACCCCACAACACCUGCAUCCCACAAAGUGGAAUAAGAAGAGAUGGACUAGUGAUGUGAAUCCUGUCACUGGUUCUUUCCAAAGGGGGUUACAGCCACCCACCUUGAUUAAUAGGCAGGAGUACCUGGUCUGCAUGCACACCAGGCUGCAGGGUAUCUAAAGAUGUGCUCGCGCUAUGUUUACUGGAGACAGUUAAUGGUGUCCCAUGGGCAGGAUCCUAAAAUAGGGACUGUGCUGACAUAAUUGGGACCGUUGGCUGGUCUGACAUUGUGCACAAAGCAUCAUCCCAGAGUACACGUAACCAUUUAUUGUCCCCUGCGCAGUGGAACGCUGGAGCUACUCUGUAAAUCAAAUAAUAUCAUGGGGCUCAAUGUAUAUUUUUUGAUACACUUUUCAAAUUAUUACAUUUUUCUUUUUGGUAAACGUUUAAAAAGAUCUCAAAAGAAUAUACAGUAUAAUAUUUAUAAAACUAUAUCAAAAUAUUUCAAGAUUAAAAUAUUUUUUAUUCUAUUAAAUAAUUUUACCGGUUUAUGUUAUAAAAGGUAAUUCAUUUGGAAAUCUUUAAUAAUAAUAAUAAUAAUAAUAAUAAUAAUAUUAAACCAAGGCCUUGGUUAGCUGCUGAAGCCGUGUCUUUUUUACAGAUUGACAGAUUAGCAAUUCCAGUGAAAUGUAAUUUGUUAUAUUUAAGCAAUACUGUAUUUGCAAUAUUUAUUUUUAAUCUGAUUUAAUGGAAAUAAACCUCCUUAGAUCUGAAUAACAGACUGAGAAAACAGCUAAAGCUCACUUUCCAUAGCUGGUAACCAUAACAACAGAGCUCUAAACACACGAGACAGCACAGCUUUAUAGCUGUGUUUCCAAUAAAAGUGACUUUCGGUCUCCAAAAACAUGGCUGCCGCAGCCAGGCUCUACUGUGAUGAGUUUUAUGGCUGUGGAGCUCUGUGAAUAUUUUAGUGAUCCAGUAAUGAAUAUCGUGCAUUAGUACUGAAAUGCAUGUUAUAUUUGUGGAGCUCUGUUAUUAAGUAAUAUUUACUGUGAUGAGUCUAUGUCUAUGGAGCUCUGUGAUUCAGCAACCAGCCCUGUGCAUUACUGCAAUAAGUUUUAUGUCUAUGGAGCUCUGUGAUCCAGUAAUGAAUCCAGUGCAUUACUGAAAGGCAUGUUAUGAUUGUGGAGCUCUGUGAUUCAGUAAUAUGUUUGGUGAAUUCUCUGUUUGUGUCUAUGGAGCUCUGUGAUUUAGUAAUGUGUAUAAUUUCUCCAAUGAGUUUGUGUCUAUGGAGCUCUGUGAUAAGUAGUUUGUGUCUAUGGAGCUCUGUGAUUACUCCAAUGAGUUUGUGUCUAUGGAGCUCUGUGAUAAGUAGUUUGUGUCUAUGGAGCUCUGUGAUUUACUAUUUGUGGGUCUGUGUGAUUGUCCUCUGGGAUGUUGUAAAUGUAUUACAGAUUAUUGGGGAGUUUUAUGGCGGUGGAGCUCUGUGAUUAAAGCCCACAAUAGAUGUAUAAUUACUGAAGGGAUGUUAUAUUGUUACAUUUUUACAUAUAGUGCCAUGUCAUUCACGAAAAAACAAAACCCCACAACGUCUGAGCACUAAACACAGGUGACAUUAAAGCUUUUAGUGUGCUGUAAACUUUGUCUCCAGAAUCAUGGCUGCCAUUAUGGAUCAUUUGUGCGUUAGUCCAGCUCUCGCGUUUAUAGCUCUUCAAAACUCGAGAUAGAGACUUGAAACGCAUACUCCGGAAGUUCGGUGAAACGCAUUUCCGGUUACCAGUUUCCGGUUGUUUUGGAGCUCCGUUAUAAAGAAGGAGAGCCUGCAGCAGGUUGGUCAGUGCUGGUUUAUACUCUCACUAUGUCUCCAGGUCAGGCAGGUUACAGGAUAGUCUCCAUGGCAACAGCCAUUCUAUAUCCCAGCAUAGUGCAUGCCUAUAGCUAUAAAUUAUAUACACAGUGAGAUAUUACAACUUUAAUACCAUUUAUAACACUGAGUCCAGGGGUUUAUUCACUGAACUGGGAGUAGCUGAGAUCUCACAGGGCAAUUCUACAUCCAGACCAAUUAACUGGGCUAAAUGGUCAUUGUAAGCCCCCAAACCACAUGACCAUAGAUACUUAUCACAGGGAAAUAUGAUAUAUACUUUAUAUAUAUAUAUAGGGCUGGGAGAUAAGACAGCAAAUGAAAUUAGCAUAAAAUGCAAUAAUUAUAAUGUUACAUGUUUGAGCCAUUAUUAACACACAAAGUUAUUGAUAUCUCAAGCAAUAAUCUGUUUCGUUAAGUGAGUUAUUAUUUGUCUAAGAUUUGGUAGAGUUGAAUGAAGCGGGUAACUUGCCUUCCAUUUAUUUCGUUGGUAUUGAUGCUUUUACACAAUGGCCAUAAUAUGUCAAAUCUAUGGCUGGCGCUAACGCAUGGCACCUUCACUUAUUACCUGUAAUCUGGGCCAAUAACAAAGGUGAUUGGUGCAUAAUCCUUCACUGUCCCUCAUGAUCAAACCAUCACAUCUAUUAUUCUGACUCAUGAUGCCAGCAUCUAAUCUUAACCGAUAACAUUUGUCUCGCUGACGGCAGGGUGCAGAUUGCAGAAAUUAUGCACAGUCCUGCAAAGCUAUCCCCCUAGCUGCCAACAAAAAAAAGGCCACAUACGUAGAUUUUAAUUUUUUCACCAUUUUAGGUUGGUGUUACUGUGAAUGAAAACCAUACUAUGGCACAUUACCUGCUGUGACCAUUCUGAGCAUAAUCCUCCCAGGAGGACCAGAACUGUAAUUUGGAGAAUUUGACAGACUUAAUAAUGAACAAGUACAGAAAUCAAGUAACUGAGAGGAUCAUAAAUCUCACCCUGGAGAUAAUCUACCUGCUGACUGGAGAGGUGAGCAAUUCUGGCAAUAUAACAUUGAUGUCAUCCCUUUCUCAGUCCUGGAAACAGGAUAUUCAGAACAUGAACAUAUGACGUUUGUGAGAUUGUGUGUUUAUUAAAGGGUAAGCACCCUGACCACUUUGCUGAUUUGAAGUGGUCAUGGUGCUUGAAGUCUGUAUGUGCAUUUCACUGAGAAAAGCUGCACAUAUAGAGUCAAAGCCCUUUGUUUCCUGAGUUGUAACUGCGCCUCCAGUGGUGUCAUUAGCCAGCCAGGAACAAGAGUCAGUUCAGUUCUGUGCAUAACAUGCUAGUGAUUGAUGACCAAUAAUAGCACAGCUCCCUCCGUGCCACCCUUGGUUAGUUUAUCCUUUAGAAACUGUGUUUUUUUUUUUGGUUGGUUGGAGUAAACCUUUAAUAUAUUGUAUUAGUCAAAAGCUGAGUGCAAGCAAGGUAUUGUAUAUAAAGAGAUAAAGCUGGUGAUUUAUCAACAAAGACUUAUCAGAGAUUUAACAAGGGAGGGGGGGGGAACACUGUUUAAUGUCCCACAAUCACAUCUCGAGCUCCCCCAUAAUCAUGAAACAUUACAUGUGUAAGAGAAUGCCUUUUGAUUAAAAAAUAUAUAUAUUAGCAUAAAAUUAAUUUCAAGUGAGGGGUGCAUAGUGAGCAUAUAAACAUAUUAUAAUGCAGCAAUAUUGUGUAUAUAUUGCUUUGCAGACAAACGUAACAAUUACAAUUAUGUAAAUUUACACACAAACAAAAAGCUUUAGACAGUAUAUAGUGUGUUUCUGAAAUAGUAAAAUACCUUGCUUAUAGAUAUUCACAAGGGCCAUGAAGGCUUUAUUAGCAGUACAGCUUACUAAAAAUGAAUGUAAAAACAAUAUCUGCAUUUGAGAAAACAGAAACAGUAAAUACAAUUCAAGGGACACUAUUGUCACCAGAACAACUCCAGCUUAAUGUGUUUUUUUCUGAUAAGUAUCGUUACCUUCAGGCAUUUUCAUGCAAACACUGCCUUUUCAUAGAAAAUGCAGUGUUUAUAUUGCCCCAUAGGGAUACCUGCUGUGGCCAUUCCUCAGAUGGCCAAUUGAGGUGCUUCCUGGGGCAGUACUGCACAGUGUGUAGCACUGCCCUUCAGGACGUUGAACUGAUUCAAUGCAUCUCUAUGAGGAAAUGCUGAUUGCCCAAACCAGAGUUUGGCCCUGCUCCCAUCCCUCAUCCUUGCCGAUUUUUAGCCAAUUCAAAUUAGCUAGUGAAUGUUUAUGGCGGUAGGAGAUACAGGGAGAACUAAAAUGCAGGGAGUGAGGGAGAGCCGUGCAUAGUAAACUGAUUGAUUUAGCUAGUAUAUGGAGUAGCUGGAAACUAGAUAUUGAUAAAGAUUCCAAGGAAAUAAAGGAGGAGAUACAAAACAGAUGUACAAGACAUGCUUGAGAUUGGUAUCUGCACUUUCCGAUAUAUUAUCUGGUUUCCUUCGAUAUUCACAAUAAAUUACUUAAUGUUAUGGGUUGUAAUACUGACUGAAGGUGUGUUUUGCCUUUUAAUGUUUUAUUAUUUAGCAUUAUAUGGUUGCUAAGAAGCAUGAUGAGCAUGUCAAACAAAGCUGGAGUUCCAAUGUGACAGAUGGAUCUUGCAGGAACAAGAGUCCCAGCAUGGUAUCUCCUCCUCACUCCCUAAUCCAUGAGAGGAGCAAUGACAAAAAGAUCCUGGAACUGACCAAUAAGAUAAUUGAGCUGCUGACUGGAGAGGUGAGGCACUGGGAAUGUGACAUUAUACAGUAAAACCAAUGGAUGUGUCUGGAUAGUGACUGUGUCAUUGUGUGUGCCAGGUUCCUAUAAGGUGUGAGGAUGUUACUGUUCAGUUCUCCGUGAAGGAGUGGGAGCACUUCGAAGGAGGCGAGAUUCUCUGCAAAAAAGGGGAGAUGGAGACUCACCAGACCUUUGGCUCACUUGGUAAGUAGAGCUUUAAAGGGACCCCAACACAAUGCUGCUCAGCUACGUUACUAGAGGAAAAUAAGGGUGGAAGGGAAAAUAUGCUGGUGAGAAGGACUUAAAGACACCUGCAGGAGAUAUGGGAGGAGUAAAGGUGGCUAACUAUGGGGAGACUGGCACAAAGUGUGGGAGGAGGUGUAGAUGGAUAUAAGGGAAAAAUCAUUGGGUGGAUAUUGAGAUAAAGACACAAACAGGGGAAGGGUGUUGAUAUUUGGUGAAGUACAUUUUGGAGAAGGAACACCCCAUACAAUUCCUUGGGGGGGCAUUGUGUUGCAGAAAGGGGCAGUGUAAUGCUGUGGGAUGUCCAGGGAAAUGAUUUAGCUAGUUUCCCCAAGAUUUCUAAUGGCAAUACUGUUCUAUGCAUAAGACUGGUAUCAAAAAAGAGUCUGUGUAAAACUCUUCUGUUCACUCCUUGGAAGUAAUCCUAUAACAAUCACAGGACAAUAAACCUAGCUGGGCAAGCCACAUAAGUAAAGGAAAUUAAGAUGUCUAGAAAUUAUUGAAACAAAAGAUAGAUAGAAGGGUGAUGGAGGUGGUAAUAGGUCUCAACUUUAAUGUAGGCAAGCCACUGUAUGGAGGUCACUCUAAACCUCUAUAAAAAACUAAACACAAUGUCUGGAUACUAGUACAGACUACAGGGCGCCACAAGCACUAAAGCAUAUAUUAUAACAAUGUGGUAUGGAAUAAUCCCAAAUGAAGAGUGAUCCGUGGAAAAAAGUCCACUUUAUUGAAACAGUACUAUCCAAAAGUGCAACAUGCACAAUAUGGAUAAAAUAACAACAUAAAAUGACAAUAUCAAUAUACCAAGAACCCCUAAUGGAUAGCAGCUAUAAUCAUACAAGGAAAAAUAGUAAAGUGCCAAGUGCUGGAAUGCAAAAGUGUAGAUACCAAUAAUUAAAAGACAGCAUAAAGUGCACAAAUACUAUAUGAUGGAAUACUUGUAGAAAAAAGAGACUGCUAUACCAAAAACUGCAGGGAUCUUGGAGAUGCUCAACGCGUUUCGUCGAUGUCGACUUCCUCAGGAGCUUGCUAGAUUGUUGUUGGUCCUCGUCUUCUUUUAAAUCCGCCGGUCUUGCCGCCAUUAAUUGAUCGCGCAUGCGCAAACCGUACCGUACGCACCAUCAUACGUGAUGACGUGCGACUGGUCGGAGGGCGCAUGCGCUAACCAAGCUGGAACGCAAAUAAACUUUAUGUGUAAUAUAUGCAGCCACAAAAUGAGCAAAACUCCACUUGGAGUGCUCAUAAUCAGUGCGGUCUGAAUUUACAGACCUGCCUAUAUCCAAUCUGGGUUAUAUUACAUAUGUAGCAACCAAAUAAAGAUGCAAAUUGGGCCAUAUACGAAAAAAGGGUCAAUAGGACCAACAUUCAAUAAAAAUCGCUUUAAAUGCAGCUAUAACGCUGUGUAAAAAAUAUAUACAAUAUAAAAUAAAAUGUUAAUAUAUGUAUAUAUAUAUAGACAGAAAAAUAAGGAGAAAAUUACGAAAAAAUUACGAAAAAAGUUUAAUAGCCUAUUUGCAUCACAACAUUUAAAAUUUUGGAUACAUAUAUUUUGCUAGGGCUAACAAGGAAAACUAUCCUUUCAAUGUCAUAAUAAAUCCUGUAGACAUUAGUGGAGGAUGUCAGGUAAACAAAAAUCCAAUUCAUCAGAAUGAAUACGAAGGAUGAAAGGUAAAAAGUAAAUAAUAAAAAAUAUAAAUAUGAAAAAUAUAUAAUAAUAAAUAAAAUAUACAAGCGAAUCACAAUAAAUUUGAUCAUAAAAUGUACUGAAGAAUAUAUAUAUAUAUAAUAAAUCACAAGAUAAAAACUCCUUAUUUUUCUGUCUAUAUAUAUAUACAUAUAUUAACAUUUUAUUUUAUAUUGUAUAUAUUUUUUACACAGCGUUAUAGCUGCAUUUAAAGCGAUUUUUAUUGAAUGUUGGUCCUAUUGACCCUUUUUUCGUAUAUGGCCCAAUUUGCAUCUUUAUUUGGUUGCUACAUAUGUAAUAUAACCCAGAUUGGAUAUAGGCAGGUCUGUAAAUUCAGACCGCACUGAUUAUGAGCACUCCAAGUGGAGUUUUGCUCAUUUUGUGGCUGCAUAUAUUACACAUAAAGUUUAUUUGCGUUCCAGCUUGGUUAGCGCAUGCGCCCUCCGACCAGUCGCACGUCAUCACGUAUGAUGGUGCGUACGGUACGGUUUGCGCAUGCGCGAUCAAUUAAUGGCGGCCAGACCGGCGGAUUUAAAAGAAGACGAGGACCAACAACAAUCUAGCAAGCUCCUGAGGAAGUCGACAUCGACGAAACGCGUUGAGCAUCUCCAAGAUCCCUGCAGUUUUUGGUAUAGCAGUCUCUUUUUUCUACAAGUAUUCCAUCAUAUAGUAUUUGUGCACUUUAUGCUGUUUUUUAAUUAUUGGUAUCUACACUUUUACAUUCCAGCACUUGGCACUUUACUAUUUUUCCUUGUAUGAUUAUAGCUGCUAUCCAUUAGGGGUUCUUGGUAUAUUUAUUUUUAAUAUUGAUAUUGUCAUUUUAUGUUGUUAUUUUAUCCAUAUUGUGCAUGUUGCACUUUUGGAUAGUACUGUUUCAAUAAAGUGGACUUUUUUCCACGGAUCACUCUUCAUUUGGGAUUAUUCCAUACCACAUUGUUAUAAUAUAUGCUUUAGUGCUUGUGGCGCCCUGUAGUCUGUACUAGUAUCCAGACAUUGUGUCUAGAAAUUAUUGGUCUGUAUCUUGGACUCAAGGAAUUUUGACCAUCAAGGCAUAAACAAGGCAGUCCAACCUAUCUCGAAGGUCAGGGCAGCAUGGUCGCACCUGUGCGAGACUGCCCCAUUGAUGUCACACUUGGCGUAACGUGUCCAUCAAUUUUGGAAUAUCCAAGAAAUGUCAGGAAGGUCCCAUGGCCUUAUCUGUUAGUAGUCAAGUAAUCUUCAUGUGGACUCCUGGAAGGAUACAUAUCUGGAUUGUCCAACUCUGUGCUAUACAACAUAUAGCGUCAUUAGUGCCAAUUCAAUACCAACACUGAUUGUCCUGGCCUCACUAAAGAAAAACAGAUUCCAUCUUCACAAAAUGUGUGGCCAUGCUAUAUGUUGUUGUAGUACAGUUCUCUGUAGAGAACAUCAUAAAAGAGCCUAUAAAAGUUACCUGUGACCUGUGUUGUCAGGUCAGUGUAUUGCUUCCCUUGGGAAAGGGACUGUGAGUGCUUGUAGUUGUAAUAACCAGAAACACAACCAUGUAUUCCUGACCAUAUAGUGAAAAACCCACCAUUAAGGCACUGGCCCCACCCCUUGGUGACAUCAUCAGAAUUGCUGAUUUUAGCCAAUCCAAUGCUUUCCCAUGGGAAAAGCAUUGGAUUGGCUAAAAUCGACAAGCAGUUUCCCCUACUAUUGUUAUUUGUUUGACAACCAGAGGAAGUCUUCCCUUAUUGUUAAGGAAAGUUGUGUGUUUUUGUCACUGUUGUGGUUAUUGUUCUUUAAGUGCUCCUUUGAUUAAUUGAUUGCUCUGUACACUGUUUCUGAUAAGAUAUGAUGCUGUAUAUGACCCUAUAUGUUAUGAUCAAUAAUAAAAGUAAAAAGAUUAGAAAAGGAAGCCCAAUCCUGGCGCUCUUACAACUGUAAGCCAAGCACCUUUCUAGCAAACUACUGCUUCAGCCAAUGUCAGUUCAAUUGUUACUUUUGGAUAGGUACCCAUAUAGUACACAAAAACCACUUAUGGUGAGUGAUUCUCUGUGAACAUUUUUUAUGUAUUGAGACUUAUACAAUUGUGAAGACAUAUAGAAGUUAUAGGAAGAUAUUUUCUUCUAUGUAAUUAUCUUUCUAUGCAUGUUCCCCUACAGAAAUAAUUUUUUUUACAAAUAGUGAUUUUUUUUUUUGCAACCAUUUCAUAGUUGUUUAGGAGCUAUAUUUCCAAGCAGUUUUAACUUUUACCCAUUUCAUGGCAUUCUUUGGUUUAUUAACGUAUAUUUAAAGGUCAGCUCUGCUCAUGUUUUGUCAUUCAUUUCCAAUAGAUGAAACCGAGACUCAGAAUACACAAGAAGCCUGUGCAAGUCCCUUUUCAUCACAAGAGCAUGUAAUAGAAGAUAAAAUGGACAUUGAAAUAAAUCCAGAUAUGACAUGUAUGAGAAUAAGUAAGCCAAAAAGAAAACAAAGACAUACAAAGGAGGAAAUUGUCUCAAAUGAAGAAAAAAAUAUCACAGACCCUGAUACACUCACAGCACGUACAAAAUGUACAUCUACUGAUGUUAAGGAGGAAGUAGACUCGUGUAAUAAAGGAAAUCCCUCAGAAAUGUAUGUAUCUACAGAGCUUACACAGACACAAUAUACAUCUACUCAGAUUAAGGAGGAAAUAUCGGGUGGAGGAAAUCUUACUGAAACCCUUGCAGAGUCUACACCAACAGAUAAUUCAUCUACUGAUAUUAAAGAGGAAUUAGCCUCCGGUAAUAAAGAACAACCCAUAGAAAUGGAUAUUUAUAAACCCACAGAACAGGUGGACACAGAAUAUACAUCCGGUCAUAUUAAGAAGGAACCAAUCUUGUGUGAAGAAAAUGCUAGAGAAACUGACAUUUAUAAACCCACAGAAGAUACACUGAUAGAUUAUAUAUCCACUGGCAUUAAAGAGGAAGCACCCUCAAGUGAAGAAGUAAAUCUUACAGACAUUUAUUCACCCCCAGAGAAUACAAAGACAGAUGAUAUAUCUUCUCAUAAAAAUAAGAAAUCAGUUUUUCGUGGAAGAAAAAAUAUUACAUACACCAAUAUUUGUUCAACCCCAAAACAUACACAGAGAGAAUACACAUCAACUUAUAUAGAUGAUGAAUUGUCUUUAUGUAAAGAGGGAAAUCUUACAGAUGUAAUUUUUAGACUACCAGAUUAUUUUCAGACAGAAUACUCCUGUACACCUUUAAAGAAGCACCAAAAAUGUCAUCGUCAGGUGCCAGAAAGAGAUAAAAUCUUCCCAAUAAUCAAUAGUACUGCGUGGGGUGGAAAUGAUAGUAGCUCUAGUUCUACCUCUCAGCAUGGAAGACGCACCACAGAACGUGUAUAUAACUGUACUGAAUGUCAGAAAAGUUUUACUAGUAACACAGAUCUUGUUAAACACAAGGCAGUACACAAAGGAAAGAAGCUGACUUGUUCAGAAUGUGGGAAAAUCUUUUCUUCUAAAUAUAAUCUUCUUGUACAUUAUAGGACUCACACAGGAGAAAAACAGUUCUCUUGCUCCGAAUGUAAUAAAUGUUUUUCUGUAAAAUCAAAUCUUAUUUCUCACCAGAGAAUCCACAGAGGAGAAAAGCCGUUCUCGUGUUCUGAAUGUGGAAGAUGUUUUUCUGCUAAAUCAAGCCUUAUAUCACAUCAGAAAAUCCACACGGGAGAGAGACCAUUCAUAUGUUCUGUAUGUGGGAAAUGUUUUAGCCGCAGAUCACAUCUUACUUCACAUCAGAAUAUACACACACGAGAAAAGAAUUUCCCAUGUUCUACAUGCGGCAGCUGUUUUACGGCUAAAUCAAGCCUAAUUAAGCAUCAGAGAAUUCACACCGGAGAGAAACCAUUCACAUGCUCUGUGUGCGGAAAAGGUUUCACUCAAAGCUCAAACCUUGCUUCACAUCAAAGGAUUCAUUUUGUAGAGAAGACAUCCUGUACACAGGAAGAUCUUUUUAGUGUUAGUUCAGGUAUUGCUGGACAUGACGUGGACCAUAUCGAUAAACAGAUUGCUUUUUACUAA